AUGGAGGCCCCUUUUCCUGCUGAGCCAUCAGUCAGCCCUGACCACCCUCUUUCAUCUGAACCUAGCCCAGGGAGCCCCAUUUCCUCUCAAUCCUUCCCUGGCAAGCCUCAUUCCUCUGAAUUCAGCUCUACCUGCCCCCCUUUGACCGAAACCUGCACCAUCCCUGUCCAAUGCAUAUCAUCACUUGAUCACUGUGCCAGUCCUGUAAAAAAUCCACACGAAACUGAACUCUGUACUAGCCCUAUAAGAGCUCAAGUAGUAUCAGAACACUGUUCCAGCCCUGUUCAUCCCUUACUCACAACUGAGUCCUGUGCAAACCAUUUUCUUCCUCUUUCCGCUGAACCCUAUGUCAACCUUGAUAGCUCUUCACCACCUACAGAACCUUAUAUUGGUUCUAAUUCAUUUUUGGUAGCUGCUGAAUCUUUUUCCAGUUCCGUUCACAACGUAGUAGCUGAAUUUACAAGUCUUGACCGUCCUUUAAGUACUGCUUCAACUGUCAGCCCAGAGCACUUCUUAAAAGCAUCUGAGCUGUCGGACAGCCCCAACCUCCCUCUGCUACCAGUUGAAGCCUGCUCCAGUCCAAAUCAUCUGUUGGCAGCUGAACCCUGUUCUACAACUAACCUCCACUUUGUGGCUACUGAAUCCUGUUCCAGUCCUAACCAACAUUUACGUGUAUGUGAACCCUCCAGUGCUUGUGUGAUUACUGCAACUCCUGUUACCGAUUAUCCUGGCAGACUUAACAUCUUCCUUGCUGAACCUUUUGUAGUUGAACCAUGCCGAAGCCCUAACCAACCACUGGUAGAUGAACCCUAUCACAGCCCUGGACACCCUCUUGUACAUGAACCAUGCAACAGCCAUGGCCAACCCCUGGAAGAAAAACCCUUUAGCAGACUUGGGCAACCCUUGGUAGAUGCACUUUCCUUAAUCUCUGACCAACCCCUAGUAAAUGAUAACUUCAUCAGGUCUGAGGAACCAGUGAUGGAGACUAGUAGCAGCUCGUAUGUCCCCGUGGUUGGAGUGCUUAGCAAAAGCCCUCAUUGUUCUGUGGUAGAAGAACCCAGUGACAACCCUCACUGUGCUUUGAUGAAAGAGCCUUGUAUCAGCCCAGCCCACCUCAUUAUAAAAGAGCCAUGCGACAGUCAUGAAGACAUCAAUGUUGUGGCUCCAUGUCAACACCCUGUGGCGAUAGACCUGUGUGCCAGCUCUACCUCCCCCAUGGUAAUCCAAACCUAUGCAAGCUCUUCUGGCCCCAUAGUACAAGAGCAGUUGGCCAGUCCUGAUGAAGGUGACCAGCCCCUAGAAAAUAAAUUUUAUUCCAGCCCUAAAGUGUUCCUGGAUGAACCCUGUGUAAGUCCAAAUCUCCCUCUGUUGGAUGAACACAGUGCAAGUUCCAACUCUGCUUUGUCCAGUAGGUGUGCUGCUACCUACAACACCCGAUCAGUCAGCUCUUUAGGUAGCUGCAGUGAAUCCUACAGCAUCCCUCACCGCUCUUUGCCUGAUUAUCCCUCUGGUAGUCCUGACUGCCUUGUUCCAGAUAAGCCAUGUGACAUCCUCACUCUGCUUUGCAAGCCCAGUGAUGACCUAGAUCUCCUCUUACCUCAUAAGUCCCAUGGCAGCCCCGACCGCCCCCCGACGGACGAGCCGUGUGGCAGCCCCGACCGCCCCCCGACGGACGAGCCGUGUGGCAGCCCCGACCGCCCCCCGACGGACGAGCCGUGUGGCAGCCCCGACCGCCCCCCGACGGACGAGCCGUGUGGCAGCCCUGACCGCUCCAUAACACAACAAACACUCAGAUCAGAUGAAGCUCCUUCCAAAGCAGGCUCCUCGCUGACAGACAAAGGUCCUUUAUGUACAGAAAAACUUCUCUUUACAAAAACAGACUCAAGCAUUCAAGACACCAAACUCUGUGAAACGUCUGAAAGCACAGCUAACAUGCUGGCUGUUCCACAUGCUAACCGUGGUAUUCAGUGGCACUAUCAAAAAAAUAUCACAGCUGUUACACUUCCAACCAAGUUUCUUCUAGAAACCAAUGUUUCAGAGACGUCAAAACAGCCCGAAGGUAACUGUGAUACAUUAGCCGAAGAUAAACUAUGUCAAAAAGGAGCCUCUGUUUCUAUCACAGAUACAUGUACAUUGUUGAGUUUGAUAAGUACACCAUCUGAUGAAAUUUCUGAUGAAACUUUGUCUGUACAUUCUAAUGAAAUUCUGCAUGCAGAUCCGCCUUAUAAAACCCCACCACCUGACCUGCUGCCAUAUGACUCUGAGCAGCUUACAGUAUUGCAUUCCUCUAUAGCUGAGCCUUCAGCUGAGCAUGCUAUAUUCAAUUCUGAGCCACCACCAAAACUACUCCCGUAUGAUUCUGAGCAGCCUGAAAACCCAUAUCUUGGUAUUUCAGACUAUUCCUCUGAACUUGCAUCUUCAGUCUUUCAUACACCACCUGAACUGUUGCCUUAUGAUUCUGACCAACCAACUCUGCUUCAUUCCUCUGAAGGAAAGUCUUCAACAGAGAAAGUCAUAACAAUAUUCAAAGCAUCCAACAAUAUUUCUCAGCCGGAACCUGAACCCCCAACAUUACAUCAGCUUUCUAUGCCCUCUUGUACAGAGACACUUAAACAAGAGCCAGAGACUAUACUAUUAGACGAUGAGCACUUAUCUGUAAAUAUACCAAUUGCUGAUAUUUCAAUAAACUCUCCUAAUACUUUAUCUGCAUCUACAUUGGGGAAAGUAUUGGUGUGUGAAGUUUCUAACUUGCAGCUCAAUAUGUUCAGCGAUAAUUUGCCAGCACAACCUGUGCAAAAACAGGUUUCUCUUUCAGACUUGUCAUUUGAAGAAUCACAGUUCUGUAAUGAAAAACAGAAAGACUUUGAUCCUGAACGAUGUAAUGAAAAAACACAUUCUCCAUGCAAUCAACCUUCAAAUUCUGAAUUAUCUUCUGAAGUGCAGUCUAAGUCACCUGAACAAUUAGAUUCAGAGUCUCCUAUGUCUGAAAAGACUAUGCCUACAAACCUAGCUGGACACCCUUCUAAAUCAGAGCUUCCUGAGCAAGAAAUUAAGCAAUCUUCUCUUUGUGAAUUAGUUGCAGUUUCCGAACAGCAAAGUGUGACUUCACCUGACCUGCUAGAACAGAUUGUUUCAAAGUUGGAAUCUUCUAGCAAGCAGACACAUUCAAAAUCCAUAACUAAACAAGACUGCCCAAGUUCACAGUCCAAAUCUGGAUCAAGGCGGUCGCUCUCCAAAUCCUUAGACAGAAGAAAACGUUCACAGUCAAAGUCAGAUGAUAUUAGAAGAUCCAGGUCAAGGUCAGCCACACGCAAGAAGCGUUCACGUUCAAAAUCAUUAGUACGAAAGAGGAAGUCCCGAUCCAAGUCACCAGUGAGAAGAAAGAGAUCACGGUCUAAGUCUACAACACAAAGAAGAAAGUCACGCUCAAAAUCAGCUACACGAAAACAGCGCUCUCGUUCAAAGUCUGUAAUUCGUAAGAGGCGCUCCCGCUCAGUGUCUGUCUCUCGGAAGCGGCGCUCAAAGUCCACGUCUGUGGGACGUAGGAGGCGCUCCCGCUCAACCUCUGUGGCCCGCAGGAGGCGCUCACACUCUGCAUCUCUAGCUCGCAGAAGGCGCUCCCGCUCCACAUCUUCAACUCGCAGGAGGCGCUCUCGCUCUGCAUCUCUAUGUCGCAGGAGGCGCUCUCGCUCUGCAUCUCUAGCCCGCAGAAGGCGAUCCCGCUCUGCAUCGCCAGGCCGAAGGAGGCGCUCCCGUUCUGCAUCUCCAGUCCGCAGGAGGCGCUCCAUCUCUCCAGUCCGCAGGAGACGUUCCCGUUCAACCUCUCCAUCCCGCAGGAAGCGUUCACGCUCAACCUCUCCAGCCCGUAGGAAGCGUUCCCACUCUGCGUCACCAGCCCGCAGGAAACGAUCACGUUCCAUAUCCCCAACCCGCAGAAAACGUUCUCGUUCCUCUUCUGCAGCCCGCAAGAGGUGCUCCCGAUCCCCUUCAAUGGCCCACAAGAGACGGUCAUACUCCAAAUCAUUGACCCCAAAGUCUCCAGUGCACAAACCAAAGUGCUCUAAAUCUGAUAGAUCUCGAAGUCGCUCACAGAGUAACUCAACACGUAAAAGGAAAACCCGAUCAAGGUCUACAUCGAGAGACAAAAACAAAGCAAGUGAAAAGCGACGGAAGCGGUCCAGUUCUAAUGAUCAUUACAACAUUAAAUCAAGACGCAGGAGUCGAACUCCUCCAAGACGGAAAAAGUCGAGAUCGCCUGUAAGGCGAGCAGGCUUGUGUAUAUCCCCAAUAAGGAGGAGACGAUCAAGGUCACCUUUGAGAAGAAAAAGCUUCAGCCGAUCUCCUAUUCGACGUAAUCGGUCAAGAUCACGAGAAAAGUCACUAGACUCCUCUAGGUCCCCUAAACGCCUCACAGAUCUUGGUAAGCAUUAAGUUUUGUGUGUGUGUGUUUGUGUAUGUAAUGUAUAUUUUUCUUUUCUUUUUUUUUCUUUUACUAUGUUAUAGUGUAAUAUACAUUGUCUUCAUUACUCAAUGGAUUAAAUUAGUAAAUCUUUCACUCUUGGCAUAGAAUGCAGUAGUAACCUAAUAACUGAACGGUAGGAUGAACUUUCAACAUGAGUGCAGUGCCACUACUUAUUUUAAAUUAUCAAAAUUAUGGAACUUUUUCAUAUAUUGCAACAAAGUUCUAUUUUAAAGUGGCUCUAUCCUUUCAGCUUGAAAUUGGAGAACAUAAUUUUAAUAUAUAUAUUUUUACAUAAUUCACAUAGCAUUUAAAUGUGUGUGUGUUUAUGUUCUAUGCAUAAAUUUUAUGUAAUCUUUUUACAUAUUAUGUGAUUUUAUAUUUUAUUUUAUUAAUUACGAUUUGAAGGACCUGCCUGACAACCAAGCAGAAAGUCCAGAGAAUUUAAUUAGCAAGCCCUAUACUUAACCUUGUUACUUUCCAAACAAAACCUGUACAUGGGGGUUACUAUACUCAAAAGACAUUACUGAACACAAAUAUGAAUGUUUUAGAGCAGUAAAACGUAUAAUGCUGAACACUAACUUUGGCCAGGAUUUGUGAAUAAGUGGUUACUGAAAAAGAGUGGACAUUCUAUUUUGAUCAGAACAUGUACAAAUUUUAUCUAUUACUCUAAGAAGUUAAUCAUAAUAAUAUUAAAUCUCCAACAUCUUAAGUAUGUCAUUGUUAAACAUUAAGUAGGUUAUUUAGUAAAGUGAGAAUUGUCCAUGUAUUUAAAGUAAAUUUCAAAUUUAAAUUGUCAACUUCCAGUAUGGCUUCCUUGGCUUUAAAUUUGAAAUUGAAACAUUCUGAUGCCCUGAAUACUGAGUGUUCUUCAGUGUUUGGUAAGAGGAAUAAAUUGAUACCUGAUAGAAUAAUUUAAUUUAUUUAGUUAAUUGUAGUUUUGCCUAAUUUUAUAUUUUCUUUAGGUAAAAAGUCAAAUGAAUUGUGUAGUAUCUGUAUUAUUUUUUAUUUUAUAUUUUUUACAAGUGAGCACGCUCAGUGAAUGCUUAGUCUCUGUCUGAAUCUGCCCAUUCAGAACUUGAAGACCAAUGCAACCAAUAUGUUUUAUAAUAUGAAAUGAUUUAACCAGGAAGAGUGUUUUCAAUGAUGCUCUGGGUAUCAAGGUUAUUAAGUUACCCAUUUUAUUGAUGCUGGGAUGAUUUUUUUUUUUCUUAAAUCUUUUCUGUCAGAUACUGCAGUUGAAAUGUGUAUAAUUUAUGUAGAACCAACAUAUGCUGUUUAUGUAGACUAAUCUUCAUUAUUUUGACCCAUCUUUUUUGUUGAUUUGUUAUGUAAUGGUCUGUAUUUCGCAAAGGACUAAUAAAGCUUACUUUUCUUUACAGACAAAGCACAGCUCCUUGAAAUAGCAAAAGCAAAUGCAGCUGCUAUGUGUGCUAAAGCAGGUGUACCUUUGCCACCCAGCUUAAAGCCUGUUAUUACUCCUUCUGCCUCAGUAGAAGAAAAAAUUACUCAUCGAACAUAUGGUGUUACGAUACAAGAACUUACCGAGGUAAAUGGAUUAUGUAAACUAGCUGGCACUGUCUAAAGUUAAUGUAGAAAAUGCAUAGUUGGCAACAUUUGAAAAAAAUAAUUUACAGGGACACUUUGCAGCACAGCUAUCAAUUACUACCUUGAAAAUUUACCACACCCACUGCUGCAAAGCUCCACCCACUAUGUUCAACCCACAUAAUUAAUCUCUGCUUACUUAUAGUGCAGAUUACAGGGUCUACUCAAUAAAGAGAGAAUUACAGGGAAUUGAGAGUAAUUUUAAACUUAAGGCCAAAGUAACAGAGUUGGAAAAGUUCUCCCAUUCAGCUUCAUCUCGACCUAAAGUUUGAAAUUCCCAUCACAAUUCCAUGCAAUUCUCUCUUUAUUGAGUAGACCUUUAUAACACCAAGUUCCACCAACAGUACCAUGCAUCAUUGGUGUGCGAUAGAUACAUUCGCAGCACAGCAUCUAUAUCAGGCAGGUACAUUUUAUCACUUAAUGAGUUGGGUAUCAGUGGUGACACUGUCAGUACAAAUAUACAAAGACCUUGUGCAGGUGUGCUUCAGUCAGAGAGUUGUGUCUACACCAUAGAACAUAAUUAGUUAAAGGACCACUAUAGUGCCCUGAGGGUGCCCCCACCCUCAGGGACCACCUCCCGCCCGGCAAACUUACCUUUUUCCAGCGCUGGGCGGGGACCUCUCCUCCUCCGUUCCUCCUCCUGGGCUGAAUGCGCACGCGCGGCAAGAGCUGCGCGCGCAUUCAGCCGGUCGCAUAGGAAAGCAUUCACAAUGCUUUCCUAUGGACGCUGGCGUGCUCUCACUGUGAAAAUCACAGUGAGAAGCACGCAAGCGCCUCUAGUGGCUGUCAAUGAGACAGCCACUAGAGGAAAUAGGGGUAGGCUUAACCCAUUCAUAAACAUAGUUUCUCUGAAACUGCUAUGUUUAUGAAAAAAUGGGUUAACCCUAGCUGGACCUGGCACCCAGACCACUUCAUUAAGCUGAAGUGGUCUGGGUGCCUAGAGUGGUCCUUUAACAAAAAUAAUUAUAUUGGGGAGAAAAUAUAGUAAACAAAAAAUAAAACAGAAAAUAGGAAAUUAAAGAUUUAGAAGGAGAAUGUACAGAAUGGAAUUAAAGAGAGUAAUGGGAGCAAAAGGAAAACCUAUGCACCUAUUCCAUUAGCCCCUUUUCAUGCCACCAAUUCAACAUGUUUAAUGUCUCAGAUUGAGGCUUCAGUCACCUCUCCACUGCUUCUGAUUCUUCUAGUUACUGGAGUCUGCGAGUAUUAUACAGGGAGCAUUGACUGUCCCAGCUUAUUAUACACACAUACCUGUAUUAUACAGGGAGCACUCACUGUCCUGGGAUAUUAUACACACAUUAUACACAAAGACCUGCACUAUACAGGGAGCACGACUGUACAAGGAUAUUAUGCACACAGACCUGUAUUAUCGAUAAAAUUAAUCUUAUAUUUAUUGGUACCCCCAACAAAUGCAAUACAUACACACAGACUGCUGAACGCACACACACUGCUGAAUACACACAUACACACAGAACACUGAAUACACACUGCUGAACACACACGGGUAUAUAUAUAUAUAUAUAUAUAUAUAUAUAUAUAUAUAUAUAUGUUCAGCUGUAUGUAUGUUUGUGUGUGUGUGUAUAUACACACACACACACACACUGCCGCCUGUCUGUGUGCACUCAGCAGUCGGUGUGUGACACACACACACACACACCCACCCACCCCUACCUGGCACUGGAGGCUGUUUCUAGGAGGUCAGGUAGCCAUUGUCUGCAGCAAGGUCUCCUACUUAACGUGGAGAACAUUUAUAAAAAUGUGAAAUGAUCAAACACUUCUUAUGCAAAGAAACCAGUGUAAUAUUCUUACAGUGUCCUGUAAGAGUUGAAAGAUGCACACCAAUGAAAAAUACAAUUAUAGUCUCAUGCAAUAUUUAUGAGAAUAGAUCAGGGGUAGGUGCCAUUUGGCAUUCUAGAUGUUGUGGACUACAUCUCCCCUGAUGCUUUUCCGUCAUUAUGGCAGUAAGAUCAAGAUAUAUUCCACAACAGCUGGAGUGCUGAAGAUUGUGUAUCCCUGCUAUAGUUUGAUAUGAUGGGCUUCCAUCUUUUUCACCUACUAUUCAUGUGUAUACCAAUUUCUUCCAUCAAUUUUUCCCCUAUGAAAAACAAUAUUUUUUUUCCCUUAUCUUGAGAAAUAUUUCCUUACUAGCACAUUAACACUUUUUAAAAUUUUAUUUUUAUGUUUAACGUGGAGGCCUUGUCAGUAGUCUCCUAUUUCUAUAUGUCACAAUCAAAAUACUCCUUUAAGGAACACACUAUAGUGUUAGGACUACAAACAUGCAUUUUUAACACACUAGUUCUGAAAUAAAUGUUUACUUCCCUGGCCAUCCUCUCUGUGGAGUGAAAAGGUGAUUUUUACUUAACCUUUUUCUCAAGCACAGCACCGGUCUAGCCGUAGCUGGCUCCGACUCUAUAUGGCUGAGAUCAUCAGUCAUAAGGAUGUCAGCUAAAUCAAUGCUUUUCCAUAGGAAAGCAUCGAGUCUCUAUUUUUUUAUGUGUGGCUUAACCGAUGCACUGCGCCAGUCUGCAUCUCCUCAUAAAAUGCGUUGAAUCAAUGCAUCUCUAUUGGGAUCAUUCAGCAUCUCCCUGCACAGCUGUAUAGUGCUGGACUAGGAAGCACCUCUGAAAAUGCAGCGUUUUUGUUUGUUUUUGCUCAUUCUAUAGAGACCAGAACCAUUACAUUAAUCUUUUGUGGUUCUGGUGAAUAGUGUCCCUUUAGCCUUAGCUAAGAGAAGCACAUGCUGAUGGAGUAUAUAUUUUGUGUGUUGGUGGUUGCAUGAUUUGCCCCAUUUAUUAAAACGAGCAGUUCAUGUUUUAGAAUCCUGUAGUGCACUGCCGGUAAAGGAAUAAUAUACACUGAUCAAGUCUGUGUAGUCUGUGGGCCCUACUUCACACAGGAACAUACAUGUCCUGGUAUACCUAAGAUUAAUGGGGGGCAUUUUAAAUAGUUACUCCAUACACCACAAUAGUGAGGGCAUUCUCCCACCUCCUUGUGCUGCCGCUGUCCUCCCAGAUCUCCUUUCCUCUCAAGUGUGGGGGAGUGGUGAUGUCAGGCAGAGAGGAUUGUGCCCUGGCGAUGGAAAAGAGAUAAGUGUAAACUUAUUACAUCUUACACUACAACCUAUGUUAAAUUUGACCCUUAGCAUUCUAUACUGUCGUUUAACCACUACCCCAGGGAUAGGCAAACUUCGGCACUCUAGAUGUUGUGGACUACUAUAUGCCUUCAUGCACUUACAGCCAUUAUGGGAAAGCAUAAGUAGAGAUGUAGUCCACAACAUGUGGAGUGCUAAAGGUUGCCUAUCCCUAAAAUCGCUAAAAUAAAGCCAUCUCAGGGUUUUGUGUCUGUCUAUUUAUGCUAGGUAUAUUCCUGCUUUAAAAUCUAUUCUAAACGUUUACCAAUAAAUAAUAUAUAUAUUUUUUUUUUAUUUAAGAAAUGUAAGCAAAUUGCUCAAAGCAAAGAAGAUGAUGUGAUUGUAAAUAAGCCUCAUGAUUCUGAUGAAGAGGAAGAGGAACGGCCCUUUUAUAAUCAUCCAUUUAAAGUCAGCGAGCAUAAACCUAUUUCAUUUAGCUUGCUGGUAAGUAUGAUCUGUCACAUUCUAGAUUUGGCGUAGUAAGAUUUAUCUAUAUCUGUGGUAACGCUGUGAGUCGUAAAUAAAGUUUGUAAUUCUUAUGUAUGUUUGAAUUCGUAUUCCUUGUAGUACAGACGGUUUCCAUAUUUGCUUAAUGAAAAGCUAUGUUUCCUGUUUUUCUGUCUUUAAUUCAGAUUUCAUCCUUGCAUUUUGAGAAUGGGGUUAUGUUGAAAAGCUAUUAAAACGCCAAAGGGUUUUCAUUGUUGCUAUAAUUUUCUGCACUUGGUUUUGGGCUCAAUAGUUAUCUCAGUUCAAUAUCUCACCAGCUGAUUCUCAUUUCAUAGAAAGGCCCCACAACUAUUGGUCAUGUAGAUAUAGACAUCUCAGUUUGGUAUUGCUUGAAUUUAAAGUCCGUCUUUAACCACCACUAACACUGCAUGUGUCUUAAUGUGGUUGUUUGGGUCAGCGGAUGUGCCCAUUUUGUUUGACAAUGCUGAAAAACGGCAGUGCAUACAUUUUGUGAAAACUCUUCUAUUGACUGUCAACCAAACAGCCAAAAAAGCUACUCCCUCCUUCAGAUCUUUGAUUUUCAAAGGACUUGACAUUUGUGUCACCAUUCACAGCAUGAUAAGGUUUAAUGCCUCUAAUGGAGAAACCCCCAUUGGCUUGGCAGAUUUCAGAAAUAGCUGCAUACGGACUGUAUGUUUGCCGUGCUUCACUCAAAUAUUGAAGUGAGCAGAAAAGUAACAAUUUUUUUUUUUUUUUUUUAAAUCUAAUAGUGAAGAUGACAUUUUAUACUAAUGCCUGUUUGGCUCCUGCUUCCACCUCCUCUGACCUCUGAAGCUCCAGCAUUAAGCAUAGCCAAGUGGUGCAGGGAGGUGCUCAGUAGCUGAGAGCACUCCGCUGUCACAGGCUUAGCUGCAUGGCAGGACGUAGCUCAGGCAUGCGCCUGUCUGAACCCAGAUAACUUGUCAAGUGGUUAUCGUACUUUUAAUGUUCCUUUAAAGGGACAUUCCCCUACCCAAAUACAAAAUAAAUAAAUAUCACUCUUCCGUACAUAUAAACCCCAAAUGAAAAUUUGCAUGCAUUUAAUCUUCCAUUUUUUAUUGGGGGUAAAUCUAAAAACAGCUUGUCUAAAUAUUUGCAAGCCUUCCCAUUCUAACUCCCUCCAGACUUUCUGUGGCUGUCCAAUCAUAGACUUUCCAAUGCAGCUCAAUGAGAUGUCUGUACAAGGCAGAUGCUAUGGGCAAUUGCUGCCUCUUAAGUUUAGCUCCACUGUUGUAAAUAACACUGAGCUGCUAUGCAAGAAUGCAAACAUUUCUUUGCAGCAAUGUUAGAAUUUUAAGUCCAAGUUAAGUCCAAGUGGCAUAGUUCAUAGGGACAGACAAGACAAUAGACAUGUGAAUUCGGACAUUCGGAUGCUUCCGAAGUCCUUAAUUGCCGAUGUCCCGUCUGUAAAGUGGCAAAACAAGAGAGGGAGGGAAAAUUACGUGAUUGAUGGUUAGGGAGCCCUACAGAUUUUCUGAGUUGCUGAAGUCCCGAAUUUUCUUUCUUACCCGAAUUUUCUUUCUUACCCGAAUUUUCUUUCUUACCCGAAUUUUCUUUCUUACCCGAAUUUUCUUUCUUACCCGAAUUUUCUUUCUUACCCGAAUUUUCUUUCUUACCCGAAUUUUCUUUCUUACCCGAAUUUUCUUUCUUACCCGAAUUUUCUUUCUUACCCGAAUUUUCUUUCUUACCCGAAUUUUCUUUCUUACCCGAAUUUUCUUUCUUACCCGAAUUUUCUUUCUUACCCGAAUUUCCUUUCUUACCCGAAUUUCCAAACGGAUCCGCAUUUUUGGACCAUGCACAUCCCUACCAGACAAUAACAAUAGAUUCGUUAUCUGCUAAUAUAAAAGAUUAGUUAUCAGAAUGUUAAAUGCAGUUCAUUAGGAUAAAUCAAGGUGCAGUUUAAAGUUGAAUCUGUUUUUAAUGUCCCAGAUUGUGCAAAGGAAAUCAGAAAUUUAUUUUUUGUAUUUACUUUCUUUUUAAAAUGAUUGAGUGUGAAGCACAUUGCUCCAAGGAUAUUGAUUUCCCAGCUUGUUAUGGUUAUGUUAGAUUAUGUAAACUAGGAACUAUUUUAUUUAUUUAUCUCAAUAUGCCUCAGAUAUGGCCAUUUAAGAAAGCAUUUAUCUGCUGUAAACGCUCAACUACAUCUAACCAGUUAACCUCCAUCCUGAGCAACCCAAACUACCUAGCUAGGACAUGAGAGCGAAGCUUCACCUUUCUAGACUUAGACAAGCCUGCCUGCAAAAGUCACCUGAUAUCAAAUGGUAAACUGAGACCCCUUGAAGAUUUAGUGCAGGGCCAAGCACUAGGAUUCCUCAAACAUAUCUGCUACCCUCAGCUUUUCCACUUUUUUUUGCUUCGUCCUUCUGCUGCAUGUCUUGGAAAGGGAAUUGACUCAUUCUGAGAGCAUGUGCAUUGACUAUGACUAUUUGAAAUGCGGGAACCCUUCCAUGUACCUGCUAUUGUUGGGAGAUGAGCCACAGAAACUGAAGUUGAUAAGUACCUGAGAAAGGACCCUGGAGAUCUUGUUCUCCUGUGACCAAUGGUGAAAAAUUAUGGUACACACGAAAGCUCCUUUAUAUGUUCAAGGUUUUAGGAAAUACAUUACAAAAUCCUAACAUGGUGAUCUAGAUAGCUAGAUAGUGUUUCCUUGGUCAACAAGUGCGGUAUCCAUGCUACACAUAUGGUGGCCUUGCCCAAUCAUAUAUAUGUACUGGAGCCAGAUUUUUGAUGCACCCUUUUUGGCUACAUCUGCUCUACUCACAAUCACAAUGCUUUUGGGCAAAUAUAUAUAUAAAAAAAAAACAAAACACUUAAUUAAAGGGACACUCCAUUUAUUAAAACAACUUCAUCUAAAUAAAGUUGAUGGUGCCAGGAGGCUCCUGGAGCCACUCUUACCUCAAUAAAUGUACCUUUUCCUAGCCAAUUUAGGGACAAUCAACGGUGCUCCUGCCUGGCGGCACUCCGCGCUUCCUAUAAGUGAAAAUACUGAAGCCGGAUGCCGGUGAGGAGGAGCUGAUACCGGCACUGGAUGCAACCUAGAGGUUAAAUCGUUCAAGAACGGUUUAACCACUUCAGGUAAGGUUUCCUCCAGUGGCCUCCUUGCACGAUAACUUCAUCUAGAUUAAGUUGUUUUGGUACCUGGAGUGUCCCUUUAACAGCAGCUUGGAGUUUGGUCUCACUUAAUUGGUAUCUGCAAGCUAACCAGGGGCACAGCACUGGCUCAAAGUAAAACUCCAAGCACCAUAACUAUUUAUAAAAUAUUUUACCAGAAAAGAUACAUUGAAAUUUCUCUCGUUUUCAAGUAUGUCCUGGGUCCACAAAACAUUGCAUUGUUACAACAGGGUACAAUAAAAUACAAAAACAAUAUUAAUACACAAUAUAUACAAUUUUUAACAUAGAACAGGUAGGAAAUAUAUAAUCAACCAUGACACGUGCAUUCUGGUUUGAGGUAUGUAGAGAGGGAUCUCUUAAAGGACUUUAGGCUUGGGGAAGAUUUUAAAGUGUGCGGGGGUUCGUUCCACAAUUGCGGUGCUCUGUAGGAGGAGGAGGAUCGGGCCGCUGGCAUUCUCCUAGGAUAAAUAGUCAAGCCGUUUCACAGUGUACGGUUUGACCGAUUACCUGGUGUCUUCUUGAUGCCUUUACUCUUAGAACUUGAAGCUCUUGCAAUGAACUUAUGUUGGCUUUCCUGAGCUAAGCCUUGCUGUGCAAUGCUUGAUCAUUGGCUGACAGUGUCAGCUAAUUGAUCUCAGCCAAUAGCGCCUCCCUGCACCACCAGGCUUAGAUCAAUAUAGUAGAUUCCGGGGGCAGCAGAGAGGAAAAGAGAAAAUCUAUGGAAGCUCAGAUAGCAUCUUCUGCAGUUUGAUCCCACUUUAACACAUUUUUUAACUGACUAAUGGCUGUUUACAUCCACACUUAGAAUGGCCAUGACUGACCUAGAUUGAAAUACCGGAGUGUUGGGGACAAGGUAGAGUCCCAGCUAGUCAGCAGAGAUCUUGCUAUUAGUUCUGACAGUCAUUGUUUGCCUCAGUUUUUCCUUUUUUCCCCAUAGUGUCCCCCUAACUUAAUCUUCCCUUCUCAUCUUCUUAAUUUUCACCAUAUCUCUUAAUCUUGGAUAUCUGUCCUUUCCUUCACUAGAACAAAAGCUAGGCCAAAACUUAGAUAUACCUACCCUCUGUCACACAAGUGGUAUAUACCUCUCUGUCCACAGUUUAUAGUUCUGGGCCAGGAAACCGUUAUUUGUAAUUUCUCCAUUUAAAGCUUUCUCAACUGUUUCUUGGUAAUCAUUCAAUUAUUGUAAAUAAUUCAUUAAAGAUUUAAAAAAAAAAAAUGGCCAGCUUUUGGUCCUGCUCAUGGCAAAUUGCUGUGUAAGUCUUCCAAGUUUAAGCGAGCAGAAGGGCCAUUCCUAUUCCAAACUUUAGCCUCAAAAAAUUUUUGUUCCAGGUUAGAGUGGUGAUGCUAAAAAGAAAGUGGGCAGGUAUUUUACAUUUUUUUUUUUUUUUUUUUUUAACAUUUUCAGAAUCCAUCAAUAAAGCCAGCUCCGAAAAAUCAGGUAACUCUGACUAAAGAGUUCCCAGUAUCGUCUGGCUCCCAGCACAGGAAAAAGGAAACUGACAAAGUAUAUGGCGAAUGGGUUCCCGUGGAUAAGAAGAACGAAGAGAGCAAGGAUGAUGUUUUUACUAGCACAGGUUCUACACAGGUAAGAAAUAUCAUGUGUCCUUUCUGAAUGUUUUAGUGGAUACUGUGAAAUAGGCAUGGAGCACACUCAUUUAUUCUUUUCUGCAAUAUUUUUGUGUUAUGCUAACACUUAAAUACUACUUUAGUAAGUGUAAUUUACACUUAGUGUAGUGAUGGAACCUACCAAAACAAUCUGAUGCAUCAAAGUAACCAAAUGUACUUUCGUACACUUUUUUUUUAAAUUUUAUUUGUUUUGGUAGCACCACUUUGGUUUACCACUGUAAAUUUGUGCCUUAUAAGCCACAGUGUGCAUGUCCUAUUCCUUGCCAGCGGCUCUCUUGUAAGCAUGUUACUGCUGAUCAAUUAGUCAGUGUAUCCUUUAGGACAGAGCUUUUAAAGGAACCGUAACAAUUGAGUGUAGCACUGGAAACAAGUUAUGUGUAAGAUGGAAAUAUUUUGUAAACUAGUUUCUGACUUUAAAUUUCGAAAUGACUAACGUUACUGAUAUUAUUUUUUUGUUAAUGCUAAAUAUGUCCUGAAAAUUAUGUUCAUUAUGGUUUUUUUUUUGUGUAAGUUAAUUCUGUCAAAUAUAGAUGGGCAUGUCAUACAAGUUGUGGCUCCUAACAUUUUUCUGCUGGCGCGUUUUUUUUUUUUAGUUAUUUAAAAUCGGUCUUUGUUAAAGAGACACCUGACGCACUAUAAACACUAAAUCCAAUUGUGGUUAUGGUUCAUAGAGUGUUUGUUUUGUACCCUAACCACCAGUCCCUUCUCCCGUGGCCUGGCUAAUGUGGAGAGGUGGACUUGUAUGGCAGUGGCUGAUUGUGAGUGCUUGGUGCAGGUUCGCGUAGGGCUACCUCAUUGGUGUCCAAGGAUGGUCAGAUAAUCUGGAAGCCUACUUCCUUAUUAAUUGAGCAGCAGUAGAGGGGCCACCUUUAUAGGCAAACUGCUCAAACAAUUUGACAAACAUCCAAAGACUCUUUACACCAUAACCACGGCCAUGAUCUAUUGUGGUCAUAGAACAAAGAAUGUUUGAGCUAAAUUAUAUAAUUUUCACAAGAUUUGAGGAUGUGUUUUACUCGUAACUAUACACCCAUAUUGAUUUAAUGUAUUGGCAUUAUUAAAUAUUUUGAUGCAGUAGUAUUGACCCUUUUCAAAGAUGUUUCUAGCUUUCUAUUUUUCCACAUUUCAGAUGCUUUAAUUGUAUUAUAGCAGUUUCUGUUGAUGUCUAGACUUUAAUAUUGGUUUUCUGUAAUAUUUGAAAACUUUUAGUGUUGUAUGUUUCAAAUUAUGUACCCUUCAUAGCCCACCAUUAGGAGCAGUAACCUCAGAAUUACUGCGUUUGGGAGAGUACUGAAUGAACAUACAUUUUUAUUCCCCCUCUCUCUCUGCUUUUUGUGGAGAUUACAUUACCAAAAAGAGUAGCAACAUUUAGAAUAAUAAAUGUAAUAAGGCAAAAGAUUUUACAAGGAAAAUUUUUAUGGUCCUAAACUGUUCCAUUCUUGUUUGGACAAAGUGCAUUUAAAGGAAGUGGUUUGUUAUUGCUAGUAGACCACUUUUCUUUGAACAGUAAGAAAUGCAAACCAGUUUAACAGCGCCUCAUUUACAAUUUUAAUCUUUUUGGAAUGACGUUUAGAAAAAGUUCAAAUAGAAUUAAAAAAAAAAAAAAAGAGUUCUUGUAGGAUUACUGUAAUGUAGUGAAAACACUUUCAAAGUGUUCAAAAUUAGUUUCUUUUUACAUUAAACUGACAGUGUCAAGUAUCACUGGAUAUCCCUCUAGUUUUUUAUUCAUGAGGAGAAAGCAUUUUAAAAUAUAACUUGUACUUGGGUUUUCUGUGUACAAGUUGAACAAAUAUACAUUCCUUUGAGAGAGAGAGAGAUUUUUUUUUUUUUUUUUAUGGAAAACCAGAAAGAUGAUUAUUUUCUUUGAUAAAUUGUUAUUGUAAGUAAAAAAACAAAAAAAAAUUACCUUGUCACCUGUUGUAAGAUUGAGUUUAUUGAAAAGACUUGUCUUUUAUUCUUUAAAAAAAAAAGAUUGCUUUCAUCCGCGGGAUUGUGAAAAGCCAGGUGUGUUUUAAUGUAUUCAGAAUAAUGUAGUCAAAAUGACAUGCUUCCCAAGUGUUUUGUGUUUUUAGAUUAAAUGACUGUGAUUCAUGCUUUUUUCUAAAUACAUUUUGCAAUAUGGCGUUUUUUUGUUUUACAGUUCUAGAAUUGUUUGAGGAAGGUGGAUUAACCACAAUUAGAUACCUGUUGCCAAACCAACGCUCUGAUGGGCUGUGACCCCCCUUCUUUAAUGGCCUCACAUGGACCUAAUGCUUCCAGAUCCCGAGUUCUGAUUGGUUGCAAACUGGUCAUUAAAGAACCCUAAGGACUGAUUUAUUACAACUACAGGAAAAAAAGCAAAAGAAAACCACCCCCAGAUGAGCAGACUCAAUGUACAGUUGAACAAAACUAUGGACAGCAUUUUUUUUGGUGUGUGUGUGCGCGUGCAGUUACGGACCUGCUCGACAUGUAACCACAUUGGUGCCGUACAUCCAAAACUGAAAAUGCAGCAAAGGCAGUACCACGUUUGUCAGUUGCAGUGGAAGUGUAAUAUAUCACACACAUUUCCCACCCCAACUCCCCUCUCCCUCCCCCCACGCACUAUUUUUGCAAUAUCAGAUUUUAAAUAAACAUCUAGCUUGAUCUGUUUGGGUGACUGCUAGUAUCUUGCUUGUAUAAACGCAUUGAAACUAAAUCUUAACAUUCGUGCAACUAGAACUCAUUGUGUAAGCAAACAGUAAGCACCACUGUGCAUGUACUCUUAACAGAAUGUAGUAUUUGCAGCUUCUUAAAGUGUUUAUUUUUUUUCUGUUUAAAACAAUCUACACAAAAAACCCUCACGUGGGGCUAAGCUUUUCAUCUUUAUUUGCUUAAUAUUUGCCAAUUUACUGUUAAAAUGUCAUCAAGCUUCUGAAAUUGUGUUCCCUCUUAUUUGCGAGUUUUAAAGCAGGCCUAAUUACACUUACUCAUCUACUGAAGACCCAUGCUAAAGCUUAUGCCGCAGCACCAUAUUUAAAGGCAGACAUGUGCAUUUGGGUUCUUCUAGGCCUGUACAGGAUUUCUGUACAUUAUAUUAAGUUGCAAUGCACCAUGUAGAAAUGUUUAGUAACCUCUUUAUUAUCAAUAAUAAAAAAUAAAAGGAGUAUUUAUUUUUUACUUAACGAGUAAGAGCUCAUCUGCAGCAGACAUUUUGGUGUGGUUGGGCAUGAUUCUCACCUACUCUUGAAUUUCAACAUUUCACCUCUGUGUCCAUGAAGUGUAAUUAGCAAAAUGUCAGAACGUCACUGCUCAUAAUGAACAUAUGGGCCCAUUGAAAGAAAAAUAUUAGUAUUUCUCAUGUGGUCAUUCUACAAAUGGACAAUUCAAAUAUCUGAAUGCAGUAAAUGUUCCCAUGUUAGUCCUCUUUGUUUAACCCCCUCAUUAACCAAACCUCCAACAUUUAAAAAAAAAAAAUUUUUUUUCUGGAUUCAUUUAAUCACACUUUUGUGUGUAUCUUCUGGUUACAAAUUGACAAACAAAGGAUUGGGACAUGAACAACAAUGAAGUGGUCAUAUAAAAGGGAUUGCUAUGACAUCUGGAUCAGUGAUUUUCCAUUGAAUAUUGCUUAAUAAUGGACCUACUUUCUAAAGUAGUAGAAAUGAUCCUCUUGUAAUCUUCCAGUUGACUGCUGCGUUCGGAUAAACGGCUCAGACAAAGAUGCUGAAUAUGGACCUCCUAGAAAAAUGAAAACACAGUGUAAACAAAUCAUUUUUAUGAUGAUGGACAUACCUAAACAAUAUACUGUGCUUUUUAUUUUAAGUGUUACGUUUUUUUGACUGGCCAGUGAUCUAAUACGGAGACAUUGGUUCACUAUUUGAAACUAAACACAAGUUGCUCUUCGUGAUAAUGAAGACAACCAAUGCAAAACGUUGUGUAUAUGUAUUUUUUUAUUUGAUUUUUUUACACUUUAAUUUUUGCUCAACACUUCAGCUUACAAAUUAUAUCUUGGUCUCUGACCUGAACCAUGGCAUAUAUUUAGUGACGUGCUUGCUAUAUAGCUCAGGAAGUGUGAAGAAAUAUUAGUUGAUUUUUUUUACUUUUUUUUUUUUUUAGUGAAUCCCAAUGCUCAAACAGUAUGCCUGAAGGUUUAGUUGCUGCCUGGCAUUCAGUGGUGAGGAGAGAGCAAAACAUUUCUUGGUUCUCUUUAAAUUUGGAGUUGCAUUAUAUUUAAAGACUAGAAAUCGUUUUCUCUCUACCUUACGUUGCAGCACCAAUUGGUAACAGUGUAUUACACAGACCGUUAAAUAUGCUUGUCAGAGUAUUGCAGUUUUAAACGUGUAGUCUGUGAUUGAUGUGGACUGCGCAAGUACUACUUUGUUUCUUUAAAGUGGUGCUUUAGGUUUACCAACACAUGCCACAAUACUCUUCAGCUAGUUUUUCUCAAAAAUGCAGCCACAAAUAAAAUUCUUACAUCAAAUGUUUAAACUGUUGCAAAGCUUACAUUUUUUUUCCUGUAACAUUUUAGAUUGUUGCUAUACAAGUUUAAUAGAAAUUUCAAUGUUACAUGUAAAGUUAUGUAGCCUAUGAAUGAAAAGCAAAUUUUUUUUAAUUUUUUUUUGCAUUUCUAUUGAUUAGUCAUUUAAUUGGCAGUCUCUUGUCAAUGUUUCUAAAGCAACCACAACCUUCACUUUCUUAUUUCAGAUCAGCAUGGUCACUUGAGUUUUUAGAGUUUUCAUGUUGCUUGUAGUUUAUAUAUGGUUCACACAAAAAACCAAAAAAAAUGAUAAAGUAAACAUGUAAGGAUUCAGAUUUUUCUUUCAAACCCUUACACAUUGUGUAUAAGUAUUUUUUUGUCUAAAGUUUGUGGCUUUAAAGAGGUUCAAGUUGUUUCUAUGAUGUGCGUUAGCACAAAUGUUCUGUUCAAAGGAGCAAUUUUGUUCUUAUUUCCUUUUUUAUUUUAUUUUUUAUUUUUAAAGAAUGAUGUGUCAGCAUUGCUUGGAUUGUAUCUGCUUUGGCAAUAUUUUUUGUUUUGAUGGGAAAAUUACAAAUUGUGAAUUACAGGUAACAUCUCUAAAGCGCAAAAUACAUAAACGUUGUAUUUAACGAAAAUUUCUGCAUAAUCCCUCCACUGCCAGAGAGACUUGCGUGCCUUCCACCUAUGGCAGUUUCUGGUAGCUGUAAAUAUGUUUCUAUUGUAAAUUGGCUCAGUAUAAAUUCAGAUACAGCUGUACAUAAAGAUUCACUUAUGUUAAAAUGUAUGAAACUAGUUCGAUAAUGGGCUGAUUAUUGGUGUGCUUUCAAAUUAACUUCAAACAUUUCCCAUUUUUAUUGGGAUAUGAUCUUUCUGUGAAGACUUAUGUGAGUAACCUUUUUAUUUUAUUUUUUGUUUGUUUUUAUCCAUGUUCAGCCUAUAGCAGUACUCAGUGCUGGUACAGGUUUUGUAUUGUUUAAUAAGAUUUUUUUUGCUCAGUCCAUCCACUCUGUCUGCCAUGCUAGGAAAAUAUUGCUCAUGAUACAAGGACUGCUCACAACUUAUGUUGACUAAACCGGUAAAUUUAAAUACUGCUUUUAGUUGUAAAACGACUUUAUGUACAAUUUGAACAUUUCAAUCUUAAUUGGCUUAGUGUUUGGAGUGGAGGUAUAAAUUUAGAACUAACACUGCUUUUAACAUAUAAAUUUGUCAUUCUUUCAAUUGACUAAAUUUGAAUAGAUCUGUCAUAUUUUACUUAGUUUUGUUCCAAAUGUCCUUUUUGGAUAUAUCAAUGACUUAAAGUUCUGUACACAUGCAUCUGUAUGUGUAUUGUAUAGAUUAUAUAUGAAACAAAGUCAGCAUAAGGCAAUAUCGGUGUAUCCUAUCAUGAGAAAGCUGUUUCUGAAGGAAAUCAUUAUUGUCCGAUACCAAAUAACAUGUUCUUGUAAAUGUUUGUUAAAUUUUUCCUGGAAUUGUAAUUUUGAAAAUGAAUAAAGAUAGUCAAAUCAUCUUGGUUUAAUGUCUAACUUAACUGGAUAUUACUUAUAUUUAUUCACAACUUUUACAUUUUUACUUUUCUAAAAGAACUGGUUCUUUUUGUAUAUUUAUUAUUUGUUUUAUGAUUCUUAAAGUUUCACGUUAGCAACUCUAUGCCCUAACUUUUACUACUACACGGAAACGUGAUACAAUUAAUGAGUUAAAUUUCAUGUUGACAAACAAACUAAAGCCAAUUGUACCUCAAAACCUCUAUGUAAUUAGCAAUGCCCCAUAAAAUAAAGACCAUUAGUUAUUUACUUAAGAGGGGGAGCAAACUUGCAUUACAUGCACUUUGUGUUAUAUUUGUUGUAAUACUACUAAAGUGUUAGUAGUAAAGAAGUGGCUUCAUUAUGGUUUCUGAUUGAUUAAUUAAGUACACCAUUGAUGUGGCUUUGGUCUCCCUAAACUAUCAAGGGAGAGAUUUGGUUUCGGAAAUAGUAUGUUUAGCUGUCAUCUAAAAAAUGGUAGCAUGCAGUGCUGCUAAGAUUUGUAGUUUGUCAGUAAUGAGCAGCACCCGACACACAUUAAAGUUUCCAAUGAAAUAAGAACAAGGGUAAAAUAAACUAUGGCUGGUAAACUAAAAAUAUGUGUACAAGGAACUUGUUUCUGAGUUACAUUAUUUCUUUAAAAAGUAAAAUUAGUUUAGUUUUGUUUUUUCCCCACAACAAGCUUAAAAUGGUAAUUUGUUUUUAAUUUUAAAAUAAAUGUUUGCCCUCAUGUUCAUUUUAUUGCAUGCUCCCAACAGUUUUUAAUUACCUUUUGGGGUUACAUUUGUAUUAUGCUAGAAGAGGGUAGUGUUUCUAUAUCGAAUAUAAAAGUUUAGAAAAUGCCUACUGUAGCGUGCUAGCAGAUUUGCAAACAGUUUGUUUUUUUCGCGAGGAAAGGAGAAAAGUCUUGUUUCAAACAAAUGGGAAUGAGUCUGUAAAAUGUGUUUUCAGGCUGCAAAAUGCUGUUCCUUCUCUUACGUGGGGUAAAAAGUGGCACGUGCAUUUUGUUUUAAAAUCCCCUUACAAGCCAUUGAAACGUCAACAUUUAAAAAAACCUUUAAAAUAAUGAAUGGUCCAGAUGCUCACCUAAGUGUAUGCUGUGUCCCAUGCUCAGAAUGUAAAUUGUGUUGUGUAUUCAUGUCAUUGCAAAACAUCCCUACACACACAAUUGUGAUUUCCAUAAGCUUCAGUAUUUAUUUAGUAUCCAAAGGAUGGCAAAAGCCUACAUCAUCACAGAUCCCAACCUCACAGCCAAAUCUGACUUGUCCUCUAGCUGAGUGCAUUUGUAGUAUUUACUGGUAGUUUUCAGCAAGAGGACUUUAUAGUAGGCGGUUGACUAUUUAAGUAUAUAGAACAAAUCUCCAGGCAGGUUUAUUGAAACAGAAAUGACAGCAACGUUUCGACCUAACAGGUGGUCUUUGUCAAGCUAACACCACAAAAGAACACAAGUGUAUAUAGCAAACAGUGUGAACAAGGUCAGCAAAUAAUUCCGUUAAAAAUCAAUUAAAUUAUAUUAACAUAAUUAGUUUAAACAAACCAUGCAAAGUACAACAGUAUCCGUGCAUGUAAUAAAUAAUCCGUGACUUAAUCCUGUGUAUCAGAGGGAGAAGAAAAAAUAAAUGAAAAGAAAUGAAAAGAAAAUAAUAAAUGAAAAAUGCAAAAAAUAAGCAGAGGGAACACCAAUGGAGUCAUUACCGGGUAGGUGGAAAGCAAAGAAGCCUUUCCUGGUCUUGGAACGCAUAGUGGCAGCGCAUGCGCACUAGAGAGAGGGAUAAUAUAUGGUCUAGUGAUACACAGACGACAGUAAAUGAUCGAGCGUGCAUACACACGAUCUCGCAAGAAAUAGCACAAAACUAAUAAUCCAGCACCCAUGUCUUCAGGCAAUCUGCCGAAUGGAGACCAAUAUGUGCGCACGUAUUGCUGCAGCUAAUGAAAAGUCCUAUGGAUUCGUGUGUAAUAAGAAAUAUAAAUCCCACUUGCUCUCGCGCAUGUGUCCCUGGGUAAUGCACCAAACAGGAGUAGCUAUGCGUGCUUACAACCAGAGAUUAACAUAUCCUUAAUCAGUAAACAACCAAAGGCUUAAAGAAGGAAAACAAAUUUAAAAUGAGCCCCCAACAAGACACACACAGGGAAAUCUGAAAGUAUAUGAGAGAAAUAUACCUCUAAAACAUUUUAUCAGAAAAUAUAGAAAAAAAUAAAGGGAAUUAAAAAAAACAUAAAUUCAUCAAAAUUUUUACUUUUGUCAUAUUGGUUAUCACCAAAUAACGGAUAUUCCACUAGACAGAUGAGAAUAUAAAAAAGUUAAAAGAUAUAUGAGAGUUAAUGAAGUCACAAUAUAUGCACAUAAGUAACACCACUAUAGUAUCGACUAUAAAGUGUGUGAAAAUAGUGUCAAUAACACAAAUAUGUAAAUAUUUAUUUACUUAUAAAAUGGCCUACAUCAGUAAUAGAAUAAGUAAAAAAAAAAAAGCCAUAGAAUAAUAGUGUGCGCUAUGUACGCAAUGUACAUUCAACAAAGUGCAUCUAUUAAGUGCAUAUGCUAUGUACAUUAAACAAAGUGCAUGUGUAAAGUGUCACAGUAAAUAGUUAAGUAAUAAUUAGAUUUGAAAUAAAGUGCCAAGUAUAAAUUUAAGUAAUAAGGUAUACUAAUAAAACAAUAUAUUUUAAUAUUAUGUGACUAUAAAGUGCAUAUAAAAAUAUUAUUAUAUAAGAAUACUUCUAGUGCAACCACAUAGAUAAUAUAUUGUGUCAAAGUGGUCCCGAAAAGAUAAUACAGAAUUCAUGCCAAAUUAAAAAGGAAUUGGGGUGUAGAUAAGAACCAACACCAAAUUUCUAUCAGGAGACCUGAAAAAGUAAAAAAUUAGUAAACAUUAAAAAUUAGCUACAUGUAGCCAUACAGCAAUAAAAACAGAAACCGCAACCUUAGCGCAAAUCAACGUAGAUAAAUCAUAUUCAUAAUUUAAACCUUUAGGAUGUAAUGUGUCAAGGUCCCGAAUCCAGUAAGCCUCACGUAAUAAUAAUCUCCUAUUUCUAUUACCUCUCUUAGGCAGUUCCACAAUUUGUUCUAAAAUCUAGAACCUUCGUGGAGAGAGAUUUCUCUCUUCCAAAAAAUGAGCAGGAAGAGGUAAGUCAGUCAAUCCAGUGCGGAUUGUCUACUUAUGUUUAGAGAACCUCAUCUUAAACUUUUGGCUAGAUUGGCCCACGUACAUAAAACCUGUUUGGUGCAUUAACCCAGGACGCACUCGCGAGAGCAAAUGGGAUUUAUAUCCAUUAGGUCUUUUCAUUAGUUUUGGCGAUAUGUGUGCACAUAUUGGUCUCCAUUCAACAGAUUGCCUGCAGACAUAAGUGCUGGAUUAUUACAGUUCUGUGCUAUUUCUUGCGAGAUUGUGCGUAUGCACGCGCGAACGUUUAUUGCCGUCUGUGUAUCACUGUACCAACGGCUUUUGUUUAUCCCUUUCUCUCUAUUGCGCAUGCGUGCCACUAUGCGUUCCAAGACCAGGAAAUACUUCCUUGCUUUCCACCUAGCCGGUAGUGACUCCAUUGGCGCUUAGGGUAGGCGCCCUCUGCUUAUUUUUUGCUUCUCCCUCUUCUGAUACACAGGGAAAGUUCACAGAUUAUUAUAUUUAUUACAAGUAUAGGUUCUGCUGUACUUUGCACGGUUUGUUUAAACUACUUAUGUUAAUAUAUUUUAAUUGAUUUUUUAAAAUUGAAUUAUUUGCUGAAUUUGUUCACACUGUUUGCUAUAGAUACACUUAUGUUUUGUGGUGUUAGCUUGACAAAGUCCUCCUGUUACGUCGAAACGUUGCUGUCCUUUCUGUUUCAAUAAACCUGCCUGCUGCUUUAACAUCCUGAGUGCCUGGAGAUUUCUUCUAUUUGCUUUGCUUUUGUGGGGUUGUUGGUCCUGCUCAGGAGCACCGGGUGGCUGCUUAGAGAUGGAGUGCGGUUCCUACCUACACUUCUGCAAUAGAUUAUUAAAGUAUGUUUCAAAGUUUAACCAGAAACACUGGAUUUAGAUAAUACCAUAUCUAACAAUGUGAUCUAAUAACCAGAAAUAAUAUGUGAACUUGUAAGAUGUCCAGUAAAAGAUGGUAUGAGAUGGUAGUUGAUUUCAUAAUACAUUUCAAUUUGAUGGUAACCAUUCAGGUUUUGUAAUGGUCAAUGCCAAUUAAUGGGGUUGUGUUAAAGUGUAACUCCAGUCCCUUAUCAAUAGUAAAUAUAUGGUAUAAUACAGCCCAACAUGCAUGCAGAUUACUGUUCUGUUGCAUAUAAAGUUGCAUGCUAUAGUCAGCGGAAACACAUUUACAAUUCUGUAUUGAUUAAUACAGUUGUUUAGAAUUCUUCUGUCAGCAAAUUAAGGGGGUGUGGGUGGAAUUUGCCAUACACACAGCUAAGGACUGCUUAGGUAUCUGAUUUCCUUCUUAUACGCCAUGUGUGGCACUGGAGGGGGUGUUAUUGCCUUUCAGGUGGAUCUACCACUUAAAUUAACUCCCGGUGAGGCACCAGGGAGAAGAUCUGGAAACCUUGAGGCUUCGUUUUGACAGUGGAUUUCCCCCUUAAAGGCAAUAGGAGCACGCCCUGGGAAUCGUUCCAAUACAAUACUGAUAGCAUAUUAUGGUAAGGUGAGUGACCUCUGGUAAGCGCUGUCACUUUAAAUGAUUUCAACCACAAUAUUAAUGUUUUAUUAAGUAGUCAGAUUUCAACUCUUCACUUUUAUUUUAACUGUUUUAUUAUUGCUUUCAUUUAACAAGACUCAGGGCCAUUUAACCCCUUAAGGACACACGACAUGUGUGACAUGUCAUGAUUCCCUUUUAUUCCAGAAGUUUGGUCCUUAAGGGGUUAAGGAAAAAAUUAGGGGACCAAAACAGAUGAUCUCGCUCCUCACUUCUUGUUCUCAUGAUUCAUUCAUUCUCUUACUGAUUGGUUAUUGGUGAGGGUAUAUGUUGGCCAUAUAACUGUGCACGUUUAUUGGCUGCUCAUACAGAGCUGUAAUUGGCUAGUGUUGACUCCACCAAUCAUAAAAAGCACCCAGUUUAGUGAUUGUAAUACUCUACUCAGAAAGAGACGGCCAAUAACAAGAAUUGUGUGUAACCUACAGCUCUUCAAUUACCUAAUGAAGCCUUAAAGGGAACCUAUAGUCCAGAAACAAUCGAAUUUCAGAACUAUGUGUUCCCUUCUCUCCAGCCCGCAUUUGCUGUGUAAAAUAAAGUUUACUCGCCUCGUUUGCAGUGCCAGUACAUCUCCGGUGUCGUUUCCAGCUGUGAUAUCUGCAUCCAAGCUGGCAUCACAAUCUCCUCCAAUCCAUUGUAAAUUGCCCUGUUUUACAUUGUAGGGUUUAAAUGACAGGACCACUGCACCCACAGGGUUAGUUUAAAAGCUGAAAGCCUUUCUGAUUACUGUUGUUUUGUCUUUCAUUCAUUUAUUUAUCCAGAUAAAAGGGAUCACAGUUUUAAAUAACACUUUUGAUUUAAUAGAAGCACAGCAUUUUGGACAUUGGUAGAAUUUUGAGGAUGUCACUUUUAUUUGCAAGAACCAUGUCAAAGAAAUAUUUUUAGGGGGAAAAUAGUGCUGUUAAAAGUAAUGUACAUACUUUAAUUAUGAAUUUAAAGCAUUUUACCACAAUAUGAGGCAAAUAUUACUUGUAUUACAAAUCAAAUCGAAUUGUUAAAAUGUAGCAUAACUACGUAGUUGUGGGUGUAAGUAAUGAUUCCAUAGCGUGGCCUGUUACAGUACUGAUCAGAAAGCACCAUGGACACAGAACUAAAUACAUGAUUCAGCGCUUCCCCUCUGCGGCUUGUCACCGUUGACACAAAAAAGGACAGAGAAAGGGGUAGCUGAGUGCCAACGAUGAGGAAGUUUAAGGCGUAUUGUGAAACUCCUACUUUUAAUCACUACCAUUUUUAAAUUUUUUUUUUUUUUUUUUCCUGUUCCGUCCUCUGGGAGUGAAGUUUGUGUAGGGAAUGUUAUUUUUACAAUGCUUCUUAUAAGUUUCUAGCUGCAUUUUCCACCAACUGUACUUUUAACACAGAAUUGACCUGGUGCAGCUAGUUGUCAGUGGUGUCUCUGAUACCCUUUGAAUCGAUAAUAUGAUUAUUUAACCAUGCCCUUUAUUCUUCAUCUCAUGAAGGGUAGCAAACUCAUUGUGACAGUAUACAUCUCCAGUGGAUCCGUUUUGAUCUUGGCUGGGAGGAGAUUAAAUACAAUGUAUCUGAAGAAGUCCAAAGCAUUUAUCCAAUCCUGAUCAUGUAAGGGCUAGGUCAGUGAUGGCUAAGCUUGACACCAUAAAUUGUUUCUGGACUACGUUUCCCAUGAUGCUCAGCUAGCUUUUAGAGUCUAAAAGCUAGCUGAGCAUCAUGGUAAAUGUAGUCCAGAAACAAUUUAUGGUGUCACGUUUAGCCAUCACUGGGCUAGGUUGAUUUUUUUUUUAUUUAUUUUUUUUUAUUUUUUUUAUUUUUUUUUUAAAAUAAAUUAGUUGGGCUUUAAGCAAACAUUUAGAAUAGAAGUGAUUUUUAGUUACACAUUAUGUUCUGCAAUAAAUUCCUAUUCACAAUUGUCAGUGUUUAUUUUAGAGGGGCCUUGUUGUUUUAUAAAAUAGCAGAGUCCUGUUAAAAUUUCCAUACCAUUUAAUAUAUACACGGUGAUCCCGAAUUUCCUAGGGUUUCUACAUAUUUUAAUAUAAAAGUAAAAUAUCCCACAUAUAUUUUUAGCCGGACUGCAAAGUUUGUCACCCGGCAUCCUCUCUGAUCUGUCACAGAGUGCUUUACUUCCGGGAUAGAUCUGAAAGAAUGGCAGACGAGGCACAUGUGCUGAGGGCCCAUGACGGUUACUUUCAUUUCUCUAGAGCAGGAAAACUGAUAUUUGUAUGUAUCUCCUUUUACAUUUAAACUUAUUUCUCCCCUUACAUCUGUUUAGAAUUGUAACAGUAUCCUCAAUAUAACUUCAGAAUUGUCAGAACUAACAUUUUGUUCUCUAAAAAAAAAAAAAAAAAAAAAAUUAUUACUGAAAUCUGUUUAAAACCAGACCUUUCUCUUUUUCUAAAUGAGCUAUUUUUUCUGUUUUUCUUUCUGCAGCUUUUAUGCGUAACUCCAUUGCUUGGGCAUGAUAGUACCUUGAACGAUGAUCUCUGAUAAGUUCAUAAAUCCUGUCUUCAAGGACCAAUAAAAGGAAUGUAAAGAGGGAAGAGAGGGCUAGGGUUCUUGAACACCUAAACAUCUUUUUAUUUCUCACCUGUGUUUUUAGAAAAAUUAGUUUUAUUAGAUUUUGUAAAAAAAAAAAAAAGUUUUCAUGAGUGGCAGCAUAUUUGAGAAAAUUGUGGUUAGAUUCCAUUCAUUUUUUAAGCUAAUGUACACACAUUUAACAUUUUAAGGCAGAGUAAGUUUAAAAAAAAAAAAAAUCAACCAAAACAAGGAACUGUUUUAGUGGCCAAAUCAAGUGUUUGUUGCAUUCUCUAUUCAAAACCUAAUUAAUUUCCUUAGUGUUACAAAAACAUAAAACCUUGUUUCAUACCAGUGUUUAACAUGAUUUCUGUGGGUGUCACCUUCAAUUUACAUAAGCAUCUUGGUUUUCAUUUUUCUUCUCCAUUAUGCUCUUGUACACACAUUUUCGUGCUUGGUUCCCUUAUGACGUUUCCAUCUAUUAUUUAUUUUACAUUCUUGAAUCUUUGCCCCUCUGAUUGUUCUUCUCUACAUCUGUCUUGUGCUUCUGUUGAAUCUCUCUUGUGGCCUUUAAGUCCCUUUGGAGUUUCCGUACCCAUUCCCUCCCCCUCCCCCCCAGCGAUCUUGUUGCCCUGUACAGUUUGUAAUUUGUUUCCCACCCUUGAUUGGCUUAUAACCCCCUGUCACAUUUAUGAUGUCUUUCCCUAGUAAAAUAUUUUAUAAAUAAAUGUUUGAUUUUGUUGUUCUUGCCCUAUGUGUAGCACACCGUGGUUGUCAUGGCAUCUUGUCAUUUUGUGCACCACCACAUUUCGGUCCCUUAUGUGAAUAAAGUGUUUUGCUCCCAUUCCUGCUGAUAGAGCUUUUAUGUAUGUGUGGGCAUAUACUAUAUAUACCAGAGAUGCACGCACUAACUCUGCAUACUCCUAUAUUAAUGCCUGUAUCUAAACUCCUAGCCACUUUUUCAAUAAAUAAAAGUAGUGUGGGUACUCAAGUGUUGAGAAUAGCUUGUUUCAGACUGAAACAUCCACCUGACAGUCACAUCGACUUGCCAUCGCAGUAUACUGGUGUAUACAAUAUGCUUUGUUUCUGAUCUCACUCAUUAAUACUAGAGAUCUUGCUUCGUUCAACUUGGCUGUAUGGUUUAAAUUGUUGCUUGAAUGAAAGAAGUUGCACUUUUCUUGAGUAGUUCAAAUCCGGAAGGAUUUAUUCCACCCUACUCUAGUUAUCUUAAUUUAUCUAAUCUUCAGAAACCGGAUAUCUUGUGGAAAUCUGUUGCAAAAAAAACCCACACACCUUAAACUCUCCAUAGCUUUUAUGCCAGUUAUUAUCAGUUAUUUGCUUUUAAAGGUCACCAUGAAAAAAAUAAAAAAAAUUUAAUUUAAAACAUGCAGUUCACAAAAAUUGUAGUUCAUAGAAUGGGCCAGGAAUGUGAGAAUACAAAAGCUGUUAAAGUACAUUUUUAAAGUACAACUGUUAGACAUUAUAAUGUGGAGAAACCUGCUAUUUAAAUGAAUAAUACUUUUUUUAUAACUAAUCUACAAGCUCGUUUGAACAGGGUCCUCUUCAACCUAUUGUUCCUGUAAGUUUUCUUGUAAUUGUCCUAUUUAUAGUUAGAUCCCCCCUCUCAUAAUAUUGUAAAGCGCUACGGAAUCUGUUGGCGCUAUGUAAAUGGCAAUAAUAAUAAUACACAUAAUUGUAAAUCUUGGACUGGGGAAACUAAAUUUCAUGUUUUGCAAAAUUGUUAAAUUGCAAACUCUUGCAUAAGUAUUCACCUGAUUUUGGUGACUCAUAACUAAUUGCAUAGCAGCACAUGAUGUUGAGUUAACUGAACCUAUUAUUGAAAAGUAAAUAAAUUAAAAAAACUAGAUUGUGCAGAAAUUACAAAACUCUUGGGUGGCAGCAAUGACCAUAGUGCACAUAAGCUCCAAUACAUACAGUAAAAACCAAAGGAAAAGUUACCUGCACUCUGAAAAGUAGAGGCAAUACAUAUUGGCACCAUCUCAUAAGGUUCUGUUUAUAGAUAACUGAUCAGGAUCUAUAGAUAACUGAUCAGGAUCUAACAAGCUACCUCUACCUCUAACCUCAACUAGAUUCUUGGAGAGAAAAAAAAUACAAAUCAAUAUACCAACUAGAUUCUUGCAGAAAUUACAAAAUACCAACUAGAUUCUUGGUAUUUUGAUUUGUAUUUUUUAUUCCUCCAAGAAUCUAGUUGGUAUUUUUGUAUUUUCUCCAAUAAUCUAGUUGGUAUUUGGAGAAAAUACAAAAUACCAAAUAGAUUCUUGGAGAAAAUACAAAAUACCAAUUAGAUUCUUGGAGAAAAUACAAAAUACCAACUAGAUUCUUGGAGAAAAUACAAAUACAAAAUACCAACUAGAUUCUUGGAGAAAAUACAAAAUACCAACUAGAUUCUUGGAGGAAAGAAAAUACAAAAUACCAACUAGAUUCUUGGAGGAAAGAAAAUACAAAAUACCAACUAGAUUCUUGGAGGAAAAAAAAUACAAAAUACCAACUAGAUUCUUGGAGGAAAGAAAGUACAAAUACAAAAUACCAACUGGAUUCUUGGAGAGAAAAAAUACAAAUCAAAAUACCAACUAGAUUCUUGGUAUUUUGAUUUGUAUUUUUUAUUCCUCCAAGAAUCUAGUUGGUAUUUUGUAUUUUCUCCAAGAAUCUAGUUGGUAUUUUGAUUUGUAUUUUUUUAUUCCUCCAACUAGAUUCUUGGAGAAAAUACAAAAUACCAAUUAGAUUCUUGGAGGAAUAAAAAAUACAAAUACAAAAUACCAACUAGAUUCUUGGAGAAAAUACAAAAUACCAACUAGAUUCUUGGAGAAAAUACAAAAUACCAACUAGAUUCUUGGAGAAAAUACAAAAUACCAACUAGAUUCUUGGAGAAAAUACAAAAUACCAACUAGAUACUUGGAGAAAAUACCAACUAGAUUCUUGGAGGAAUAAAAAAUACAAAUCAAAAUACCAACUAGAUUCUUGGAGAAAAUACAAAUACAAAAUACCAACUAGAUUCUUGGAGAAAAUACAAAAUACCAACUAGAUUCUUGGAGAAAAUACAAAUACAAAAUACCAACUAGAUUCUUGGAGAAAAUACAAAAUACCAAUUAGAUUCUUGGAGGAAUAAAAAAUACAAAAUACCAACUAGAUUCUUGGAGAAAAUACAAAAUACCAAUUAAAUUAUUGGAGAAAAUACAAAAUACCAACUAGAUUCUUGGAGAAAAUACAAAAUACCAAUUAAAUUAUUGGAGAAAAUACAAAAUACCAACUAGAUUCUUGGAGAAAAUACAAAAUACCAACUAGAUUCUUGGAGGAAAAAAAAUACAAAUACAAAAUACCAACUAGAUUCUUGGAGAAAAUACAAAAUACCAACUAGAUUCUUGGAGAAAAUACAAAAUACCAAUUAAAUUAUUGGAGAAAAUACAAAAUACCAACUAGAUUCUUGGAGGAAAAAAAAUACAAAUACAAAAUACCAACUAGAUUCUUGGAGGAAAAAAAAUACAAAUACAAAAUACCAACUAGAUUCUUGGAGAAAAAAAAUACAAACUUUAAAACAACUUUUGGAGGAAGUGCUGUUAAAUCCUUAAAUCCAUUUAUUUAAAAUGGAAAGAAUAUGACUAACUGCCAAGUGUUAGGUUACUGUUGAAGAAAACAAGAAAUUACUGUUAAUUCCAGAAGGUCUUUAGAAAUCUGCAGAAGAGUUGGGAGACGUUAUUGAUGCAACAAAUGUAAGAAGGUACUCCACAAAGCUACGCUUUGACAUAUAAUUGAGGAGAAGCCUAUUGGGUGGGGGUGGGAGGGAGAACAAUAUAUAGUUCCUAUAAUCAUUUUUGCAUGUGAUGAAUGCAAGAGGCCACAAACGUGUAAAAAGAUGGCACCUGUUUCGAAAACAAUGGAGAAAGCAUUUUUUUUCAAGAAUAGGCAAAAUGCAAGAUUCAGAAGUUCAAAGCUGUUUGUAAAGAAUUGCAAACAUAGUAUUGAGAACGGGUCAAUACUUAUGCAACCAACACAAUGUUAUUGUUUAAUUUCUUUUUUUUUUUUGUGCACAGAUUUACAAGACCGCAUACGAUGCCACAACAGCAUACAUAGUCACAAUAUUAUCACAGGCUUUCACAUAUGUGGAGUUUCGAUAGUGGAACAUUUUUUUAAGGUUUAGACAUACUAUAUAACAUAAACUGAUGGUAACCGAAUAGAAAGGUUCUAGUCAGGUCUGUCUGGCCUACAAUUUGGACUCAAGAUGGAUGCAAACAGAUAAUGGUGGGUUGUAUGGCCAGGAGACAUGCAGAACACUAUCUAUGGAGACGCAACAUUUGUUACCGGAUAUUUAGUAUCUCGACAAGACCGUCUGACUUAAGGGAUAUUGUGUGCUUGGCAUCUGGUGGUCAGUAUGUCCCCCCUGCAAGGUUUUCACCAGAUUCCCUGGCUGGGCACUGCUUGUAGGGUGCUGUUAAGUUCUACAAAUAUAGCCCAGUUGCGGCUCAUGUGUGAGGUGCGUCUCCGCUCUUGGCCCUGUAAGGAGCCAGAUGCACUUAAAGCAUGGCAGAGUACAGAGGUGGUGGCACGUUGGGAGCGAGGUAACUCCAGCCCCAGGCCGGUAGGAAGGCUGACAUCUUUGGCCCACGUACCAGUCCCUCCCAGGACGGGAGUGGCGGGAGGACCCGAUGUUUUGCCGCCGUCCGUGGCAAUAGUCCCUCCUUCUGUGUGGAAAAUGUAUCUGGGUCAAGCCCUUCUUGGCCCGGGUAGGCCUGUAGUAGGAGGUAUGGGCUUGCGUAGUAUAACUAGGCCCGAGGGAGUUCUCUGGCUCUCACCACUCAGCUCUUCCACCCGACGUUGGGGCAGCAACAAUGAUUGGCGGUUCUGCAGAGCCUUGGAAGUGCUUGUCUAGCCACUGCAGAAUAAGCGCCACGAAGCUAGGGGCUGGUGCAUGCUGCACAUGUGCUUCCUCUCUAGGCCAUCUUAAGUUGCCUUUCCAAGUGUGUCUAGGACCUGGUUCAGAUUUGGAGAUGGGUGCCGUGUCAGUUGGUUUAGGUAGUCGAGUGGGAACCGGAAUGAGCCCUGCCAGUCCAGAAGGGGGGAGGGGGGGAGGUGUUUAGGAGAGUGGUAGGACUGGUGAGUUACCGGUGAGUGGGGAGAUCGGCCGCCUUACCCCAGCUCUGGCAAAGCAGGCCGCAGAAGUGGUUCUCCGGCCCCCAGUGAGUAGCCGACUUGGCAAGGUCUCAAGCUGUGUCACUGGAGCCCCCUCUGUUGUGUUUAUUUUUAUGUUUGUGUCUUCGUAAAUUGUGGCAGUAGGGGGAAAUAAAAUAAACAAUGAAUUUUGAAUUCCGGUUUUAACACAGUGUGGAAAAAAGUCAAUACUUGCUAGGCACUGUAUAUAGACGCUGAUGCAAGACGUUCAAAUGUGUAUGUAAAGGUUAUAUAACUUGAAUGUUUGCAUUUUUAUUGCUACAAGAAGCCACGGGCAAUGAGAGUGGUUGAGAAAACUAGAUUUAAUUUCUACAAUUAAUAUCAAUGCUGUGUUUUUAUUGGUUUAAGUUGUGAAGGCAACUACUAAACCAAUCACAGUCACUCAAAAAAUAACACUGCUCAGAAUCACUGAAUUAGUCCCCUGUAACCGAUAGACUAAUUGGAGUAAUAGAUGUAAAAACUUAAAAUACUUUUUCUGAACUGGUCAAAAUUUUCUCUUUAUUAGAUCUUUUAUUUGCAUGUCAGUGUCUUAAUUGUUUUUUUUCCCACCAAACAGUAAAAAGCUUCUAUCCCUUGUUGGGUGUGAAUUGUUUUAAAAACGGUUACUUUGAUGUUAUUAUUAUUAUAUUGAUAUAGCGCCAACAAAUUCUGUAGCGCUUUACAAUGGGUAGACUAACAAACAUGUGAUUGUAACCAGGCAAGUUUGACGCACAGAAACAGAUAUAAAUGUUUUCUAAAUUUAAAAUGCUAUUAAAUCCAAGCACCAUAUCUACAACAGUGUAGUGAAGUCCCUCUAUGCUGUAUUGCUGUGAAAACAAACUUUCUGUAUACUCUAUAUUAAAUAUUGACCCAACUAUUCAGAGAUAGCCUAGGAUAAAUGUCUUAUGGACAUGUCUGAGGUUGACAAAAGGUGGAGCUCUGCUGUUAACUUGUGCCCAAUCCCAGAGCCUGUCACAAGUGACAGUUGUGGUGUUCAGUCAUAGUAUACGGAGGGUCCGUUAGUCUCACCACAUACUCCAUAGACCUCAGUGUUGUACUUUGCCCCAGGAGCUUAACAGGACGAGCAGGAUGAUGGCCAUGACCAUGAGGGAUAGCUUGAAGUAAGUAAAACUUACCUUUCAUCUCACAGCCACCAGAUCCACAACAUAUGUCACGUUGGGAUUUCUUUGCGAAAUCCCAUGUUUUGGUGUUUUUUUUUUUACUUUUUAAUACUAUAACCACUUCAAUGCACUGUGGGCUUUUGGUGUUUGGAAUGUCCCUGUAAUGUUGUUGCUUUCUAUAUUAAAAUUUUAAUUCGUACAUUUUCAAACGGGUAAUUCACAAAUCUGUGUCUGAUUUGUGAAUUUGCAGACAGUGGACAUAUGUCCUCUGGCUAGCCUGGGACAGAGUUAUACAAUAACAGAAUGACUUCACUUUCAAUUCAACAGUUUUAUCAAUCUUCUGUGAAGAGCGCUAAAAUAAUUUUAGAUUUUUUUUUUUUUAACAAAUAACUCAACCUGUACCGGUUAUCUGUAAAUCUACUUUCUCAUAAAAUUAUUGGCUAUAACACUCUGUGUGAGUUAAAUAGUUACUAGAAAAAAAUGGUAAUUUGGUCAGUUUAUUUAUUUCCAGUAGUGCUUCAUACAUUUCUUGUGAGCUUGUGCAAUACCAGAUUCGGAAAGCUAAUCUGUUUCGCAUGUCACAUGCAAGUUAGCCAGUCCAGGAUUCCCAAAUUGCUUUUCCAAUUUAAAGGACCGGUGUGAUUCUAUACUAGCAGCAGGGCUUAAAUGCUUACUCCAAACACCAUGACAAUUUUAGUGAUUCUAAUUGGUUGUGUUGCUUGACCACUACAGAGCUUAACUACUCCUCCAGUCAUUGUGGUGUCAUUAGCAAGCCUGGAACAAGAGCUGCGUGAGGCCAAUGUUUAUUAUGUGCAUAUUGGAUGUGUGAUGUCAGUGUGUAAAACAUCUUGGUUACAGGCCUCCAAUGGCAGCACGUCCCACACUUGUGCCACCCUUGUCCUCCAAUUCCAGCCAGGGGCAUGACAUCAGCAGAGCGAACUUGGCCACAGCAAGCAUGCUCGUCAGGAGUGAAUUUUCAUUUGCUAAUGGCAAAUGAGGUCUGAUAGCAAGAAUGCUAGGCUAACCUAAUUUCGAGCGAUAUGAUGCUUAAUACCUUAAUUUGAAUAUAUCUCUCAGCAUUCUCAGUUAUCACAGGUGUAGGAUGAGCAGAGUUGUAGAUUGGUAGCUGCUAAAUGCUUACAUUACAUGUUGUCCAAAAUUCCCUUAAUGCUGGGGAUUUUUCCACAUAUCGUAUGAGCCUGACAGACAUUUGUGUGUUGGAUCAGUAUUUUAGUGGCCAGGCGAGAUGUGUGCCAUUUCAGUUCCAUGUAAAUGAUACAUAAGAAUUAAGGACAAGUUGUCCAGUUUUAGGAGCUGUGGCUCCCUGACUUUUUUAUUUAUUUAUUUAUUUUUAGGAGGCAUGCAGUAUUUUUGAAUUUAUUUUUUUUUUAAGGGUUGGUGAAGAGUUUUAUACAGAAUGCGUGAGCAGUGCUUUGGAACAAGUCAGUUAAUUGUUCUCAUUUUAGUUAUUUGUUUAGUUAUUGUCCUCAAUUUUGUUAUUUGUGUCUCCCAUCACUAAAGAGAAAUGUGUGUGCUUUUUAGAUUAGGGUUAGUGCGUCUACAUUAAAACUAAAACUCCCUUAAUCCUUUGAGCUUUUGGGCUAAGCAUUAUAGCAGUUUAGUUUAUUAGCACAGUUGCAGAAUUAGGUUAACUGUUGCAGACUUUCUCAUUGUGUUUUUUUUUUAAAUGUUUUUGUCAUUCAACUUUUACUGGAUUUUAAAUACAUCCCGCAAAUACUUGAUUUAACAGUUAUUCAGGUUUGUUCUGUUAAAAUCACUGUAGAAUGUUACUGAAUUUAUGGUAAUUUAAAAUAAAUGUCAUUGAACUAUGGUGUCAGUUGGAACAUAUUACUAUUUUAUGUCAACUGAGGGUCUUUAUUCACCAAACCGUGAAAUCAGUCUGAAACUUUAAAGCCAAAAUAGCUGACCUGUAAGAAUUUUCUAAUGCUGCUAUUUUACGAAUCUUGCAGUUUACUGUUUAUUGAAUAAUCUAUUGUAAGUUGUGACAAUGUCAUUUUCAGUUUCUAGAAGUUUCAAAAUAAUAAAUUUUAUCCUCUUCUAUUUUUAGCAGGUGGACAUCACUUCUGCCAUGAACGAACGAGCAAUCGCGCAGACCAGACUUACAGGAAACCCUUUUGAUCUUGAAGCCUUGUUCAUGUUAAACCGUGCCCAGGAACAGGUGGGUGAUAUUGCUGGCCAGGAAAGAGGGCUCUACUUUGGGUGACCUGCAAGUUGAAGUCUUUCCUAAUUAGGCAUACGAAACUUUAAUGUGGGGUAAAAAGGGCAGCUGCCUAGGGACAAGUCAUUUCUCUGGAGACCAGAGCAACGAACACUUCGACCUCCUGUGAUACUUUCAGUUCUAUGCCUGGAAAUUGACACCUUGCUGACAAUGUACGGUAGCUUGACAUGCCAGGGAAUGGCUUUGAUCAUUACUCCAUUGAGUUCAUAUUUCAUCAUAGAGAAGGGUUUGGAUUAAGGUAACAGAAACUACUAGGAGCUGCUCAUCAGUAAGCAGAAUAGUCAGUGCAUGUUAGGGAUCAGAAAACAUCUUUCCUCUGCAUUUACCCUUCACUGCAGUCUUGUGCGGCCUUCCCUAUUUCCACUUGAUAGAAUCUCUUAACUUUCCUUUAAUUUUCGUAGCUGUUUUUACAGUUGUUUUUAUUUAUUUUAUUUUUUUUUUCCCUGUAGAUGCACAAAUCAUGUGCUUGCAUCUCAUCACCCUCUCUCCCCCCCCCCCCAACCUUCCUAUGUAACCCCUGUAGAUACAAAGUAUAUUCACCGCUCUCACAUAGUUGGUUCCGCUUGUUGUUUGAUCCUGAUUUCCCUGUUUCUCUAAUCCUGCUGGCCAAACCGCUUUGAGAGUCUGUCUUAUCUUUGCACGUUGUGUCAUUCAUAUGGACGUCUGUUCUCGCAUCAGCAAGACGGGUGUGUGCUUCUGUUAAAUGCACCCACCUACUGCAAAACAAUAAGGGGUGCUUCACAAAUAAUACCCAAGGCUCCUAAAAGCACAGGAUCCCCAUAUUAUUAUUAAACAAGUAAAAAUAGAAGCUAAUGCCAUACUAUCCCCAUCCCCUCAAAAACCAACCCAACAAUUAUUUGCACAUGUAGUUCCUCUCCAUCAGGCUGGUCUAGAGGAUGUUGUAAAUGGCGCACUCAAAAUAUGUGGAUAAACUAACAGGGUUAAUUACGAACAUGAGAAUUGUUGGGAAUUCAAAGUGAAUUAAAUUUUAGCCAAAAGAGCUAAAUUUGAAAAAUUCUCCAAAGACAAUUCUGUUUUCAAUUUGGCUAUGUUGGCCUUAAAUUUGAAUUUCAAAUUGAAUUCCCGGUUAUUCUUAUUUUAAUAAAUAUUCUGGUCUGUUUUUUAAUCCACACUCACAAGUGUCAACAUCUUGCUUUGGCUCUUGUAAAGUGUUGCAAAUGUUGUGAAUUAAAAAUAGUUUUUAGUUCCCUUAUUUUUAAUGUGUCCCUCUUGUGGUUUGUUGUGAAGAAGUGGUUCUAUGGGCUGCGUGUCACCAGGGGAGCAGCGUAACUGAUGUGUACCAGAAAUCUUUGAACUUAUUUUACUGAAUACUAAAGCACCCUGGUCUGGAUGGUGGAUGGUUUUGUGGAUAGCCUUUCCAUAUAGGUUACUUAGGACAUACCACUGUUGCCGGUUUAAAAAUAUUUAUAUCGAUUAGCUAUAACUUGAGGACUAUAUUCACCUUUUAAUUCAUGUUUUUAAAUGUAAUAUAUUACACUGAUUUGACUCAUUGUUCUAACUGUACAUAUUCAUUUAUUUGGACUCUGUAUCUUGUACAUAGUUAUAUGUAUUUAUAUAUAUAUAUUUUUUAUUUUUUUAUUUUUUUUUAUCUCUAUCCAGUGUUCGUUUUACUCAAUAUACAUUUCCCUCUCCCCCUACUUUCUAGGUAGUGUUAUACAUUCCUAUAUACAUACAUUUAUUUUACUGAAUACUAAAACACCAUGGUCUCCAUGCAAUCAAUACUCUGCAAUCCAAUAACUAACUAAGGAAGGAAGAUGAAAGAAGAGUGAAUAUAAAAUCUACAGUUACAUUGUGUUGUCCAUGAUGACUUUCUUUCUGUUAUUCAAAACUGUUUGCCCUUCCAAAUUUUUACAUCUUUGGUGUUGUGACAUCGAUCUAUGUGUACAAAGUCGAUUUUGUGCACUGAAAGCAUCCUAUGAAGAUGUGAGAAGGAAAGGGAAGCAUAUUAAAGGACCACUAUAGUGCCAGGAAAACAUACUCGUUUUCCUGGCACUAUAGUGCCCCUCCCGCCGGGCUCUGGGGAGAGGAAGGGGUUAAACACUUACCUUUCUCCAGCGCUGGGCGGGGAGCUCUCCUCUUCCUCUCCUUCUUCCUAGCGACGUCAUUGGCUGAAUGCGCAUGUGCGGCAGGAGCUGCGCGCGCAUUCAGCCAGUCUCAUAGGAAAGCAUUUACAAUGCUUUCCUAUGGACGCUGGCGUCUUCUCACUGUGAUUUUCACAGUGAGAAGCACGCAAGCGCCACUAGAGACUUUAGAGGCUGGAUUAACCCUCAGUGUAAACAUAGCAGUUUCUUUGAAACAAAUCAGUGUAAUAUAUUACAUUUAAAAACAUGAAUUAAAAGGUGAAUAUAGUCCUCAAGUUAUAGCUAAUCGAUAUAAAUAUUUUUAAACCGGCAACAGUGGUAUGUUCUAAGUAACCUAUAUGUUUCUUUGAAACUGCUAUGUUUAUAAAAAAAAAAAGGGUUAAUCCUAUAUGGACCUGGCACCCAGACCACUUCAUUAAGCUGAAGUGGUCUGGGUGCCUAUAGUGGUCCUUUAAGCACCUGAGAAAACUUUGAGUCAAAUGUGUAGGGGUGGAGAAGCAAGUGUACACUUAAUUUUAUUUCCUCCACCAAUCUGCACAUUUGCAUGCUAGUGUUGUUUUACAUUUUCUCAUAGUAGUUUUUUAUAUAAUAAUUUUUUAUCGCCGCUCUUAUUUAUGAUAUUAUACAUGUGCACAAAUAAGGGAAUGCAAACACCUUUCUAAAGGAACCUAAUUAUUUCCUGAUAGAGGAUGUGUAGAGAAGAGAAGUUAGCUGGAAACAGAACCCGGAGAUUUGUAGGUGCCAAAAGGGCGACAGUGAAAGAGCAAUCCAAGAGAUGUGCUAACCAGCAGGCCAGAAUUUCGUAUUCUGAGAUCCGGAUUAGCAGGAGAAUCUAGUUAAAAGUGACCGUUAGUUCUAUUUGUAACAAGGCUAUUUAUUGUUUUGGUAUAAAUACAAGCACCAGAUUGCAUGGGGUCAAGGUGAGAGGUUUAGAUGAGAUUACUGGCUAGGUGUUGUUUUUUUUUGUUUUUUUUUUAAACUUGCUUGCCUGGGAUCAUAUACGGUCGGGGAAGCAGAGAUAAGAGAGUCCUGGAUCUUAAUAUGUUUCAGUAGGACCAGGUGUUUGGUGUCAUAUCCAGCACAUGAGUGUGACCAUUGUAGUGUCUGAUAAAACCACCCCAGAGUGUAAGUACUUGGAUGGAUAUAAUACAGAAGAAUGGGGGACUUAAUGCAGUGAAACACAGAUAGAAAUCACUUGGCAAUGUAAAGAUGAAUUCCAUAGCACAAUGGCUGAGUGUUCAGCUCCAUAAGCUUGGCUUUGAAACGCUGUGUGUGUUCCAUGUUCAAAGUCCAGCUCCGGCAAGUGGGGGAGACUGAUUUGAACACCAUAAGCAGACAGUGCAGGCUCAUACCUUACAAGCAUUUGCAAACCUCAAUGCAGAGUCCAACUUAUGGAAGGUGGGUGGAGCCUCGGUGUGGAGAAAUAAAGUUUAAAAUCUUGAAUAAGCAUUUAUAGACCGCGUCCACACAUUAUAAAGCUUAGAAUAACCUCUAAUGAUUCAUAUAUGUUAGGUAUUCAGAGAUUUUAAGUCAUUUUAAUUAAUUAGUGUAGGUAUUUUCAGUUUUGUUCAUUAAAAGCUGGUUGAUUCGGUUGAAAUUGUGAGAGAAUUCAGGCCCAUGCGCAUGGUAACUCAUGCAGCCAUAACGCUGGAGCCUAGUCCUACUGAUAGUGUUAAAUUCUUUCUAACGGGCUAGUGCAUGCACAUCAUAGAAACAGCUAGGCUAAGAUACUAUAUGUUAAAAACCCAGUAUUUUUAGUUACCAAAGAGCUGAUAUGCACAUGUGUCAAGCAGCGUUGUGCUUGCUGUGGUCUUCCAUAGAUGCAGACUAUGCCAUACAUACUGAACACUGUGUAUCUUUUACCUUAAAAUACUAGAUUUUAAUUUAUUACGGCUUAUAGUAGAAAUUGUGUAAUAAUAAAAAAAAUCUUACCAUACGCAUUUCACAUCCUGUUCAGAUUGACGCAUGGGCACAGUCCACAUCGCUGCCGGGGCAGUUCACAGGAAGCACAGGAGCGCAAGUCCUGACUGCAGAUGAGAUUAGCAACAGUGGCCCCCAGGCUUGGCUCAAAAAGGUAUGUGACUAUAUAGAAACGUAUUGGCUGGUAUUCUUGCACAGCACAUAACAUACUGUAGUCAUCAGGGAUACAUCAGUUAUGCAAAGGCUUGCUUCUGAUAGGAUACUGUCACAUCUUUCUGAAUAUUAUUUAAGUACUGGUAGAUAUGAGUUAAUUUUAAUAUGUCCCCUGAAGAAUACAAACUAGUCCUGUGACAAUUAGAUGCUAGCUGCUUUGUUUUGUGUGUUUUCUUUUUUUUUCUUUUCUUUUCUCUCAUGGGAUUAAUUCUAAAGAACCUGUUGUAUCCCCCUCCCCCUCUUUUGGUUUAGCCGUAGAUAUUCUUACUCUCCCUUAAAAUAUUGUCUGUUUCAGUGUACCUUGAAUUGUAUAAUCAGUUCACAUGUUAACAGAACCUUUCUUGUGACUCAACUUUUUGAAUAUUAUAAAUGCCAGGUUAUUUAAUCCACCUGCAGAACUUGACACUAGAGACAUAAUGUCCUCAUACUUUAUGGUAAGAAUCAGAAUCUGGCAGUAUGCAGACAAGUGGAGAAGCCGUUGACCAGAAGAGAAGGCAAGAGCUCUCCAGUGUAAGGAGGAAAAGCCUUGAUUACAGCCGUCUUCGAGAAGGGACCAUCCGUCAUCUCAUCAUCGAGCAGUGGAGUUCUCCUUGGCCAGAAGACGUCUGCUGACAAAUUUCCAGAGAAUACCAUCCAUGUUGCUCAUCAGCUCUUCCCUCUGCAUAUCCGUUAGAUUCUGUUAUUUCCAUAAACAUGGUUUGUAUUAGAUACCACUGUUUGUGGAACAUUCAUGUUUGCAGAACUAUAUAAGUAAGCCUCUUUUUGUGGAACACUUCUUUUUGGAUCCGUGUAAAUUCACAAGUGAUAUUUAUCAUCUGUGAUUGUCCAUUUUUUGUUUAGUGUUUAGAUUCUCUGCAUUGACCCAUCAAUGCACGUUCUAUGUAGUUUAACAGGUCAAUGUGGUCAUUUAGUUUUUUGCAGUAUUUUAAGAUAUGUAGUGACAAGAAUGUAUCUCUUUUAUCAUGUGAACUGACUAUAUACUGGGGCUCAUGGAGAAAUUGAUGCAGAGAUGCAUUUUGUGCCGGGGAUCAAACCUAUGCUUAGUGUGUGCUCUAUUUCUCUUGGCUUGGAACACUGCAACUGAGUUCUUUAUUGAGCUCUACCGGUACAUUGAAACAGAUGUUGAUGCUGAAAAUUCUAUCAUUGCAAAGCAGGUACAAAAGCGGAAUCGGACCCCGUUGUGACUUUGGCUGGGGUUUUUAUCACUCACAGCAUGGUUACCCUUCUCUUAUGAAAAUUUCCUGGAAAAAGAGAGGGGCGGAUGGAACCCGUAAGUAAGUAAACGCCUUUUGGGGUGUACAGAGUGAGGCAGUUUAUGCAUCCGGAGCAGCUGGAGUGUCUACUUGCAUCUGCAUGAUCUGGUUCAGUCCAAGGUCCUUGGAAUUAACGCUUUACCUAGAAGCCAAUAUCCUUUCUUGAAAACCCAUCUACACUUUUGUGGUGAUUCUUAGUGUCCUCUGUUUGUUUAUUUCAAAUUUGCAGUGUAAACUGAAUGGAAUGUGCAAUGUUAAAUUACAAAGGGCCGGUAGAUUAGAGUUAAGAGAAACACUAACUUGGCGAUACUAUGUUGUUAUUGUCCCAAAGUACUUUUUUUGUAAAGCAGUCCAGGAUGAACUGAAAAUGACAGACUGGCAUUUGCCCAGUGUCUCAGGUUUCAGGAGCAAGGUAGGACAGCUUUUUGCUUGGGUGAGCAAUGGGGUACGAGAGAGGUGACUGUUCACAGAGUGACCUGUGAACAUUUACCGCUCUAUAUGGAAACUUGUUGCAGGGUCAAAUCCUUGUAGCUGACUUCUGUCCACGAUCACUGCCUGCCGUACUUGUCACCACACUGCAGCCAAAGAGAGAGGUGUAGGUAGGUAACCAUUUAAGGCGUUUUUACAACUGUAUGAACUGCGUUGUAAAAAUAAUGCUCUGAUUUCUUUGUAUGUUUGAAUGGUUAACACCUUAAAUGUUAAGGUAAUAUCUAACAGAUAUUUUGUAGUGUACACACCACAUAGACAGUUAAUAUUUACCAUUAUGUAGUAAUUAUUUAUUUAUAUAUUUUUUUAAACUGUUUUCCAGAAUAAAUGUUUUUUUAAGAAUAUUAUAUAUAUAUGUAUGUUAGUUAUUUUUGAAUGUUUCUGUAGUAAACAACAAGGAUAUAUAUAUAUAUAUAUAUAAAGAAAAUGAAAAGAAUAGUGCAUGGAUUACUAUUAAACCAAUUAAUUUAAAAAAAAAAUAUAUAUGUUAAAACCCAAAAACAAAUCAAAUUAUGUUUUUAGAGUACCUUUUAGAUUGUGUUUUAUAUUUUUUAUAUAAUGUACUGACAUUUCGCAUUGCUGUUUCCUUUGUGUUUGUCUAUGUUUUAGGAUCAGUUCCUCAAAGCAGCACCUGUUUCUGGAGGCCGGGGAGCCCUACUUAUGCGAAAAAUGGGGUGGCGUGAAGGAGAGGGCCUUGGACGACAUAAUGAAGGGAAUGUUAAUCCCAUUCUUAUUGAUUUUAAAACGGAUCGAAAAGGUAAUUCUACUUUCUCGAGGAUCUACAGUGGAUUUCGGUUUUUUUAAAAUUUACAUUAUCAUUGCUUCAAAUUCCUUAUAGUUUUUUUUUUUUUUCUAGACUAACAAAUUAGGUAUUACCUGAUUGUUUAAACUGAAGUAUAAAUAAAGUUUUUUAUAAAAUGUAUGAAUAUUAGAGGAGCACAGUUACAUAGAUGUCUAGGUUUGGGGGGGAGACUUAUGUCCAUAUAGUUUAAGCUUGAAACUCAUGCUUUUAUGCUGUUGCUCCAAAAGAAGGCAAAAAAACCCAGUUGUAGACAUUUCCAAUUAUGUUACAAAAAGUCCUUCGUGACUCCAUAAUGGCAAUCCUAUUUCUCCUUCGAUCAACAACCUGUUCACACACUUAUCAAUUAUAUCCUUGAAUAUUCUGUUUAUGCAAAAAAGCAUCCAAGCCCUUUUAAAAAAGACAACCUCUUUAGGACGAGAAUUCCACAUCCUAAUUGUUCUUACUGGUGUAAAUGAAAACGCCGUUCUUCAAAUCUCACUGGGUUACCUUUGGUCUUUUGUUGGCACGUAUAGGGUUUGUAUAUAUUUGUAUAGUUCUAUCAUAUCCCCUUUGAGGCGCCUUUUUCUAAUGAAAAUAAAUUGUCUUUCUUGCUUUUUUUCUUUCUAUAACCAAUGUUUUCCAUCCCCCUUACUAGUUUUGUAGAUUGCCUCUGCACUUUUUCUAGUUCUGCAGUAGCUUUCUAUAAAACUGGUGCCCAGAAUGGCACCGCAUAUUUAAGGUUGGGAGUCUUACCAUUGAUCCGCGAGUGCUCUGCUAGAAUACUAGGGAUUCCUUUUCUGAUGUGCAAAGCACACAUAUGUUUUUAUACCGGAAGUAUUGAGCCACGUAUCUUUUCAGUUUUGCGCUCUUGGUCCAAAGUGUUAGUCACUUUGAACUCACUUCAAAUUUCAAGGAAUUUACACUUUAAUUUGUACUGUCGGUGCUAAAAGUGAAAAAAUCACAUGAAAACUGGAAUUGGCAUAGAGAAUUGUACUGCAGAGUGCUCUCAGUCCACACGAUAAGUGGUUCUUUUCUCAUGUUAAUCCAUUUCUAUAUAAAAAAUAAAAUAAAUCAUUAAUUCCUGAUGUAAAACAAAUUAGGGGUUCUCACUUCUUUACAGGUUCAUCAGAGCCUAUUUCCACAGAUUUCAACUUAUGAUUUUCUGUAUCAUAAAUGGUAUGUCAUGAGUAAGCCGUUGUUAUUCUGACCAGAACUGUGAGCCUUCAUUUUGUGUUUGUGUCAGGUAGUAGGGCUGAGAUGGCACGUAUCCAUGACAAUGUUCAUUAAUUUCAGAGCUAUGGAAUGCACACUUAUUGCCUCUGUACUUACAAGGUUACAAACAAGAAAGUUAAAAAUAAAAAUCUAUAUUGGUGUUUGAAAAUGAAAAAUGCUGCCACUGUGAUAUGCUUUGAUAUAAAAGGGGAUCAAUAGGGGAAGGGAUAAAUUACCAUAAUAGAGGGGCUGUAAUAAAUGGUACUAUCCAGUAUGGGGUAUAGUAAUAAUUGGCACUGUAUCGUGAGACGUAGAUAUGGCUUUGACCACUAACUGAGAAUGGUGCAAUGGCCUGGUAUCAUCCACUACAGAAUGAGGCAAUCGCUGGCAAUACCUUCCACUACAGAAUGGUGCAAUGGUUGGCACUACUUACCACUACAGAAUGGUGCAAUGGUUGGCACUACUAUCACUACAGAAUGGUGCAAUAGCUGGCACUACUAUCCACUACAGAAUGGUGCAAUGGUUGGCACUACUUACCACUACAGAAUGGUGCAAUGGUUGGCACUACUAUCACUACAGAAUGGUGCAGUGGCUGGCACUACUAUCCAAUAUUAGAAAGGUUUAAUAGGUGACACUGCUAUCCACUAUGAGACUGGUUUAAUAGGUGACACUGUUAUCCACUGUGAGAAUGGUUUAAUAGCUGACACUGCUAUCCACUAUGAGAAUGGUUUAAUAGGUGACACUGCUAUCCACUAUGAGAAUGGUUUAAUAGGUGACACUGCUAUCCACUGUGAGAAUGGUUUAAUAGGUGACACUGCUAUCCACUGUGAGAAUGGUUUAAUAGGUGACACUGUUAUCCACUAUGAGAAUGGUUUAAUAGGUGACACUGCUAUCCAGUGUGAGAAUGGUUUAAUAGGUGACACUGUUAUCCAGUGUGAGAAUGGUUUAAUAGGUGACACUGUUAUCCACUAUGAGACUGGUUUAAUAGGUGACACUGCUAUCCACUGUGAGAAUGGUUUAAUAGGUGACACUGCUAUCCACUGUGAGAAUGGUUUAAUAGGUGACACUGCUAUCCACUGUGAGAAUGGUUUAAUAGGUGACACUGCUAUCCACUGUGAGAAUGGUUUAAUAGGUGACACUGCUAUCCACUGUGAGAAUGGUUUAAUAGGUGACACUGCUAUCCACUAUGAGAAUGGUUUAAUAGGUGACACUGCUAUCCACUAUGAGAAUGGUUUAAUAGGUGACACUGUUAUCCACUAUGAGAAUGGUUUAAUAGGUGACACUGCUAUCCACUAUGAGAAUGGUUUAAUAGGUGACACUGUUAUCCACUGUGAGAAUGGUUUAAUAGGUGACACUGUUAUCCACUGUGAGAAUGGUUUAAUAGGUGACACUGCUAUCCACUAUGAGAAUGGUUUAAUAGGUGACACUGCUAUCCACUAUGAGAAUGGUUUAAUAGGUGACACUGCUAUCCACUGUGAGAAUGGUUUAAUAGGUGACACUGCUAUCCACUGUGAGAAUGGUUUAAUAGGUGACACUGCUAUCCACUAUGAGAAUGGUUUAAUAGUUGACACUGCUAUCCACUAUGAGAAUGGUUUAAUAGGUGACACUGCUAUCCACUAUGAGAAUGGUUUAAUAGGUGACACUGUUAUCCACUAUGAGACUGGUUUAAUAGGUGACACUGCUAUCCACUGUGAGAAUGGUUUAAUAGGUGACACUGUUAUCCACUAUGAGAAUGGUUUAAUAGCUGACACUGCUAUCCACUAUGAGACUGGUUUAAUAGGUGACACUGCUAUCCACUAUGAGAAUGGUUUAAUAGGUGACACUGCUAUCCACUAUGAGAAUGGUUUAAUAGGUGACACUGUUAUCCACUGUGAGAAUGGUUUAAUAGGUGACACUGUUAUCCACUGUGAGAAUGGUUUAAUAGGUGACACUGCUAUCCACUAUGAGAAUGGUUUAAUAGGUGACACUGCUAUCCACUAUGAGAAUGGUUUAAUAGGUGACACUGCUAUCCACUGUGAGAAUGGUUUAAUAGGUGACACUGCUAUCCACUGUGAGAAUGGUUUAAUAGGUGACACUGCUAUCCACUAUGAGAAUGGUUUAAUAGGUGACACUGCUAUCCACUAUGAGAAUGGUUUAAUAGGUGACACUGCUAUCCACUAUGAGAAUGGUUUAAUAGGUGACACUGUUAUCCACUAUGAGAAUGGUUUAAUAGGUGACACUGCUAUCCACUAUGAGAAUGGUUUAAUAGGUGACACUGUUAUCCACUGUGAGAAUGGUUUAAUAGGUGACACUGUUAUCCACUGUGAGAAUGGUUUAAUAGGUGACACUGUUAUCCACUAUGAGAAUGGUUUAAUAGGUGACACUGCUAUCCACUAUGAGAAUGGUUUAAUAGGUGACACUGCUAUCCACUGACACUGCCACUAUGAGAAUGGUUUAAUAGGUGACACUGCUAUCCACUAUGAGAAUGGUUUAAUAGGUGACACUGCUAUCCACUAUGAGACUGGUUUAAUAGGUGACACUGCUAUCCACUAUGAGAAUGGUUUAAUAGGUGACACUGCUAUCCACUAUGAGAAUGGUUUAAUAGGUGACACUGUUAUCCACUGUGAGAAUGGUUUAAUAGGUGACACUGUUAUCCACUGUGAGAAUGGUUUAAUAGGUGACACUGCUAUCCACUAUGAGAAUGGUUUAAUAGGUGACACUGCUAUCCACUAUGAGAAUGGUUUAAUAGGUGACACUGCUAUCCACUGUGAGAAUGGUUUAAUAGGUGACACUGCUAUCCACUAUGAGAAUGGUUUAAUAGGUGACACUGCUAUCCACUAUGAGAAUGGUUUAAUAGGUGACACUGCUAUCCACUAUGAGACUGGUUUAAUAGGUGACACUGCUAUACACUGUGAGACUGGUUUAAUAGGUGACACUGCUAUCCACUAUGAGACUGGUUUAAUAGGUGACACUGCUAUACACUGUGAGACUGGUUUAAUAGGUGACACUGCUAUCCACUAUGAGACUGGUUUAAUAGGUGACACUGCUAUACACUAUGAGAAUGGUUUAAUAGGUGACACUGCUAUCCACUGUGAGAAUGGUUUAAUAGGUGACACUGCUAUCCACUAUGAGAAUGGUUUAAUAGGUGACACUGCUAUCCACUAUGAGAAUGGUUUAAUAGGUGACACUGCUAUCCACUAUGAGAAUGGUUUAAUAGGUGACACUGCUAUCCACUAUGAGAAUGGUUUAAUAGGUGACACUGCUAUCCACUAUGAGACUGGUUUAAUAGGUGACACUGCUAUCCACUAUGAGAAUGGUUUAAUAGGUGACACUGCUAUCCACUAUGAGAAUGGUUUAAUAGGUGACACUGCUAUCCACUAUGAGAAUGGUUUAAUAGGUGACACUGCUAUACACUGUGAGAAUGGUUUAAUAGGUGACACUGCUAUCCACUAUGAGACUGGUUUAAUAGGUGACACUGCUAUCCACUGUGAGAAUGGUUUAAUAGGUGACACUGCUAUCCACUGCUAUAUGAGAAUGGUUUAAUAGGUGACACUGCUAUACACUGUGAGAAUGGUUUAAUAGGUGACACUGCUAUCCACUAUGAGACUGGUUUAAUAGGUGACACUGCUAUCCACUGUGAGACUGGUUUAAUAGGUGACACUGCUAUCCACUGUGAGAAUGGUUUAAUAGGUGACACUGCUAUCCACUAUGAGAAUGGUUUAAUAGGUGACACUGCUAUCCACUAUGAGAAUGGUUUAAUAGGUGACACUGCUAUCCACUGUGAGACUGGUUUAAUAGGUGACACUGCUAUCCACUGUGAGAAUUUUCUUCAUACAUUGACGCUCUCAUGGACAUAAGUGCUUUUCCUGCUAUUUGAAAUGCUGGUCAGGGUGUGGCUGUCACCAAACAAGUGUUAUCAAAGGGGUGAUGUUGGUUCUCUGGAAUUUACAGAAUCUAAUAAAGCAUUGAAAAUCCGAUUUAACUUGUGUUAACCUUUUUCAUGUAGUUUACAUUGAAGAUUUAGCAAAUAACAUCAUAAUCCAGUUCAGACAAGGUAAAGCCAAGGCAAACAUUGCAAUCGGGGAGAAAUAAAAACAUGGUUUAAUUUCUCCUCUUCUCUGUAUCCUUUCUCUAUGCUGACCUGCUGGUCAAAAAGGACAGAGCGCAUAACAGUGACUGACAGGGAGCUAAGAUGGAGGCCCUUAGUGUGAUUUCUACUUUUAUUUUUUCACACCUCACAAAAGUUGUUAAACAUAGGAAUAAGUAAAUAUUAUAUUACAAAUCCUGUCAAUCAUUCCCCCGUACAGGUUUGGUUGCAGAUGGAGAAAAGGCCACAAACAAAUUAGCUUUGCCAGCAAUGAAGGAUCUUUCUGGUGAGUUAUUUGGGAUAUUAUUUUAUUCCUGCCAUGCUUUUUUUCUUUUUCUUUCUUUUUUUAAUACAUUCAUGUUUAAUCAGUUUAUAUAAAAUCGCUUUUUAGAGAUGUCCAAAUAUUUAUAAAUAUUAUGGAAUAUCUGUGGUUUUAGUAGCAUUCUUCGAUCAAGUCUCUGCAUUAUAGAAUGUGCUGUUACCAAUUGUGUCUCCUCCUCAUUAUAUUUUGUAGCUCUAUAUUUUGUAGCUCUAUUCUGAUUGGCUGGAAAUACCAGGCCGUCUAUACAAAUAAUGUUUGUUUUUAAAUUAGAUCCUUAUUAAGUUUGUUGAAGCCACGUGCUGCUUUAUUUGAAAAGUAACACUUCUUGCAAAAAGUAGAAGCCGUCACAUCCCAUAACAUUUAGCCAAAUACUGAAUGUAACUUCACACACACAUACUGUACUUUUCUAAACCCAUAUCAGCUCAAUCGCCUUAUAGUAGUCAUUCAUGCCCAGCAACUUAUUUAAUAGCACAUAAUACAUACAUUAGCCCUACAUCCAAGCUCCCACCGUUCUUGGGCGGCAGCCAUAGUGAUUUGUUCCUAAUGUAUAAACAAAAAGUUACCUUUGCUCUGUCCCAACACCAGAAUACAAAAUGAGAGUUGUUGAGUACCAGUGUAAUGGUCAUUGAAGUGUUAGCUCACCUGCCAAUAUUAAAGCAAAUCUAUUGGUGAGCCUAUUCUAAAAACUCACCAUGCUGCUUCAGUUAAAAGGCAAAAUCACUAAUGGGACAGAAAGGGGUGUUUAAAUAAUAAAAUUAAUGGAAACCAAGUUUUAGGAUGUGGCUUUGCUUAGGCUGUUUCAUAUUCAAAAGCAGGUAAAAACAUAUAUAUAUAUAUAUAUAUAUAUAUAUAUAUAUAUAUAUUGGCACUUGGCUGUCUGGGAACUUUAUAAUAACUAAGCAGGAUAUGUUACUAGGGACACUUGCUGCACUUUCAGUUCACCCAUCAAGUGAUUAAAUCGAGGCCCAAACUGCUUAACUAGUGUUAAAUAUUGUGAGGAACGAUUUGAACAAGCAAAUACACAAAGUAUUCCUAUUAGUUACACAAUGUCAAAGCCUCUGUGUCACCUUGACUACCUUACACUUCAUUAUUAUCUCCUCUAAAAAUAAAACUAUUUUACUAUUUUUUACUCUGGCCGUGUACUUGGUUCUUGACUUGUCAUUUAUAAAAUCAAAGUAUCGUUCUAUGCUAAAAUACAUGAGAUCUAAUUGAUAAUGUAAUGUUUUGUUUUUUACCUUAAUUAUUCCACAGGAAAACACCCAAUUUCAGCGUUGAUGGAACUCUGCAAUAAGAAGAAAUGGUCGCCACCAGAAUUUGUGUUGAUUGAUGAUACAGGCCCUGAACAUCGCAAAAGGUUUCUUUUUAGGGUAAGGACCCCAAAGUAUUCAGUCAUUACUCUGCUCUGGGCUUCAGAGGACAGGAUUUUUUGGUGUAAAUGUGGUAGAAAUCAACUUUGCGAAGAUUCAUAUAAAUUCCAUAAAAAAAGUAAUUGUAAAAUAUAUCAAACUGCUCUUUUUGAAGGCCGUCAGUGUUCCAACUUUUUAGGUAAUGUGGUAUUUGAAGUGUUUUAUUGCCCUUACUGUCUUCUUUUGAGUCUCUGAUUUGGUCUUAUGAAUUGAAUUUUACCAAUUGUAGAAUAGCAGAUAAGUUUUGUUUUACUGAUCCCUGAUUAUGAAAAAUGUCUUUGGAAAAAGCAAAGUUAAACUUUAUAUGGCCUGACCUUGACAGAUCUUGCAUGUUGUACAAGAAUGUUGUCAGAAUUUAAGGGGAAUACUUUAAAGAAAUGCUAUAGCAUUGGGAAUACAAGUCUGUUUUCCUAAUGCUAUAGUUUAAAUCAGUGGUAGUCAACCUACCGCGCACUAAUGCAUCUUUCUUGAUGGAGAAAUUUCCAGUUUUCACGCAAGUGCGGAAUAUUUUUUAGAAAGGAGGGUGUUUUUAAAAAAAAUAAAUGUACGUACAUUUAUCUUUUUAGUUCUACUUAAUGCAUGUUUAUAAUGUUUUUAACUUUAUAAAGUUUAAUUGGAAAACAAUAAAGUAAAUUGAAAUUACCUUUUACUAGUGAUUAAUGAGACCCUUGAGGCUGAUGCUGCGAGACUAAAUAUUUGAUAUCUGGUUCAAUUUUGUAAGGAACAAACACAAACAAAGGUCUCCUCUUUCGAUGAUAUUCAGACGACUUCUCUGUUUACGCAUAAUAUGAUUUCUCAUCUGUGCGUCAUCUCAUCUCCCUCCUCUAUUCCCAUCCCCACCUUUUUUAUCCCUUUUUUCUAUUUUUUAACCUUCCUUAUAGCAAUGCCCAGAAGCAAGGCUUAGCUAGGUAGCCCACUUACUACAGGGAGUGCAGAAUUAUUAGGCAAGUUGUAUUUUUGAGGAUUUUAUUAUUGAACAACAACCAUGUUCUCAAUGAACCCAAAAAACUCAUUAAUAUCAAAGCUGAAUAUUUUUGGAAGUAGUUUUUAGUUUGUUUUUAGUUUUAGCUAUGUUAGGGGGAUAUCUGUGUGUGCAGGUGACUAUUACUGUGCAUAAUUAUUAGGCAACUUAACAAAAAACAAAUAUAUACCCAUUUCAAUUAUUUAUUAUUACCAGUGAAACCAAUAUAACAUCUCAACAUUCACAAAUAUACAUUUCUGACAUUCAAAAACAAAACAAAAACAAAUCAGUGACCAAUAUAGCCACCUUUCUUUGCAAGGACACUCAAAAGCCUGCCAUCCAUGGAUUCUGUCAGUGUUUUGAUCUGUUCACCAUCAACAUUGCGUGCAGCAGCAACCACAGCCUCCCAGACACUGUUCAGAGAGGUGUACUGUUUUCCCUCCUUGUAAAUCUCACAUUUGAUGAUGGACCACAGGUUCUCAAUGGGGUUCAGAUCAGGUGAACAAGGAGGCCAUGUCAUUAGAUUUUCUUCUUUUAUACCCUUUCUUGCCAGCCACGCUGUGGAGUACUUGGACGCGUGUGAUGGAGCAUUGUCCUGCAUGAAAAUCAUGUUUUUCUUGAAGGAUGCAGACUUCUUCCUGUACCACUGCUUGAAGAAGGUGUCUUCCAGGAACUGGCAGUAGGACUGGGAGUUGAGCUUGACUCCAUCCUCAACCCUAAAAAGGCCCCACAAGCUCAUCUUUGAUGAUACCAGCCCAAACCAGUACUCCACCUCCACCUUGCUGGCGUCUGAGUCGGACUGGAGCUCUCUGCCCUUUACCAAUCCAGCCACGGGCCCAUCCAUCUGGCCCAUCAAGACUCACUCUCAUUUCAUCAGUCCAUAAAACCUUAGAAAAAUCAGUCUUGAGAUAUUUCUUGGCCCAGUCUUGACGUUUCAGCUUGUGUGUCUUGUUCAGUGGUGGUCGUCUUUCAGCCUUUCUUACCUUGGCCAUGUCUCUGAGUAUUGCACACCUUGUGCUUUUGGGCACUCCAGUGAUGUUGCAGCUCUGAAAUAUGGCCAAACUGGUGGCAAGUGGCAUCGUGGCAGCUGCACGCUUGACUUUUCUCAGUUCAUGGGCAGUUAUUUUGCGCCUUGGUUUUUCCACACGCUUCUUGCGACCCUGUUGACUAUUUUGAAUGAAACGCUUGAUUGUUCGAUGAUCACGCUUCAGAAGCUUUGCAAUUUUAAGAGUGCUGCAUCCCUCUGCAAGAUAUCUCACUAUUUUUGACUUUUCUGAGCCUGUCAAGUCCUUCUUUUGACCCAUUUUGCCAAAGGAAAGGAAGUUGCCUAAUAAUUAUGCACACCUGAUAUAGGGUGUUGAUGUCAUUAGACCACACCCCUUCUCAUUACAGAGAUGCACAUCACCUAAUAUGCUUAAUUGGUAGUAGGCUUUCGUGCCUAUACAGCUUGGAGUAAGACAACAUGCAUAAAGAGGAUGAUGUGGUCAAAAUACUCAUUUGCCUAAUAAUUCUGCACUCCCUGUAUAGCCCACUAUAACAGACAGACACACAUACAUACAUACAUACAUACACACACAAAAAUACAUACAUACAUACAGACAGGCAUACAUACAAACAGAACGGCAUACAUACAUACUGAAAAACUGACAGGCACACAUACAUACAUACAUACAUACAGACAGGUACACAUACAAAGACACACAUACAUACACACAAGAUAUACAGAUAGACACACACACAAGACAUACAUACAAAGACACAUACACACAAACACACACAAAAUAUUUUAGUCACCCUCCUGUUUCCUACCUUUUAGGUGCAGGAGGGUGACUUUCCCUGGGGUCCAGUGGUGGCUCAGGUGCAUGGGAGUCAGACUCCCUGGUCUUCCUCCAGCGCGAUCUGUUUGUUAGCUGGGAGGAGUGACGCGCAGUCACUUCCUCCCAGCGUGUGAUGUAAUAACAGGGGGCUCGGUCGCGCUGUUAAAGCGCCCAGCGCUGACCGGGCCCCCUCUUAAUCCACAUCCAUCCUUACAGCAUGGGCCCCUUGGACGGCGCCCUCGGCGAUUUGCCACGCGGGUCGGGGCCGCAAAUGGUCGCAGGGGUACCGCCGGUUCGCACUCGCCCUCCCGCCCACCUGGAAUCCUGAAACGCCCACUAGUGGGCGGUAGGGACCAGGUUGACAACCCAUGGUUUAAAUAAACCUAGUUAGUUUUAGCCCAACCACCAUUCUUGAGGAAGAUGUGUCUGACAACUGGAUAUGUAUAUUUUGCUGCUAUGCUGCUUGCAUUUAUGUGUCUUUUUUUAAGUAAAAUAUCCAGCGAAGCCUGGAUCCCCAAUAGGAACUGAGUAUAAUAUUGCAAAUAAUAGAGGUGCAUAUUACUAUAGUACAAUUAACCAUACAUUCAUGUGCAGGUAACAGUCAAUGGUUCCGUUCAUCAGCCCAGCCAGCCUAGCGUCAACAAAAAACUUGCCAAAGCAACAGCAGCCGCAGCUGCCCUCCAAGCGUUGGGCGCACUGCCGAAGGACAGCAUGACGUCAACCACUAACUUUCGAAGUGCCUCGAGUAGUGCUCCGUAA